AAAAAACGACUUCCUUAUCAAACAUAUGCAUUAAUGCCUAUAGGGAUCAAAUAUUCAUGCAUAUCCUACAGGGGUAUUUAUUGGGGAGGCAAAUAUCCAUCCAUAUCCUACAGGGGUAUUUACUGGGGAGGCAAAUAUCCAUCCAUAUCCUACAGGGGUAUUUACUGGGGAGGCAAAUAUCCAUCCAUAUCCUACAGGGGUAUUUACUGGGGAGAUAAAUAUCCAUCCAUAUCCUACAGGGGUAUUUACCAGGGAGACAAAUAUCCAUCCAUAUCCUACAGGGGUAUUUACUGAGAAGGCAAAUAUCCAUCCAUAUGCUACAGGGGUAUUUACUGGGGAGGCAAAUAUCCAUCCAUAUGCUACAGGGGUAUUUACUGGGGAGGCAAAUAUCCAUCCAUAUGCUACAGGGGUAUUUACUGGGGAGGCAAAUAUCCAUCCAUAUGCUACAGGGGUAUUUACUGGGGAGGCAAAUAUCCAUCCAUAUCCUACAGGGGUAUUUACCGGGGAGAGAAAUAUCCAUCCAUAUCCUACAGGGGUAUUUACCGGGGAGGCAAAUAUCCAUCAAUAUCCUGCAAGGCUAUUUACUGGGGAGGCAAAUAUCCAUCCAUAUCCUACAGGACUACUUACUAAACUGGGAAUGAACCAGAAGGUUUUAAAUAUUAGUCUAAUACAGCUAAAUUGGGGUUUAAAUUACACCUAAUAUUUUGUAGCUCAGACAUUUUGACCUUUAAAUUUAGAAUUUCAGUUUGAAUAACUGACAAUUCUUAGUUUACAUUUAUAGUUAUAACCCUGCAAAUCCGCAUCCAAACUGACUUUAGUGAAUAUCAAUAAUGCAUUUUGGUUCAAAUUUCCAGAUUUUGAAUUUUAGACCCAAAUAAUAUCACAGCUGUAAUCAGAACGAAUGAUAACUGACUCAGAUCCCAUGUUCAGUCCGUCUUGUCAUUCUAGGGAACCUGGUUCAUGUUAGGGACAGCACCACCCGUUUGGACAAGGCUGUAAGUUCAGUAAAUUUGUAUGAAGAUGAAACCCGAGCUAUUCCCCAAAUUCUUGCUGAGCUGUUUCCGUUCGAUCACAUGAUCUUUUCCAAACUCUGGCUCCAGAUGCGGGAGGGGAGCUUCAGAGACACUGAAGAGGAACUGCAGCUAAAUGAUAACUUUUACUGGACUUUCCUGCAGUCUGAAUGACUUUUAAAUAAAGGUACUGAGCCCCGCACGCAGAGAUUUAUGGAGAAGAUGUCAGAAGCUAAGAGUAACAGUGAUUCGAACGCUGGGAAUGCCAUCGUUCCUGGAAUGCCCUCCAGUGAAGAAGAACGUCCGGAUGAGGUGGGACAAGAUUCCUUUAUAUUGUCUCGAGAUGCUUUCUGAGAUUUUUGGGGUCGUUGUCUUCCUGUAACAGGGCGAUGUGCUGCAGGGGGAAGGGGUUUCCUUAGGGCUGCAAUGGACCGUUAUCCCCAAUAACUGCUGCAAACUGUUAGCUAUAAUUAUUCCCCUAGUGUUAAUCUGAUGCAGAUCGGAAUGUUGGGUGGGUUUUUCUCCCUCUGCAGAAAGUGGGAAUCCUGUGGAAAAGCCAAAUGUCCUCACUUUUAGAUUAUUUUUUUUAUUUUUAUUUUUUUUAUUCCUGUAGACACUUAUUAACUGCUUAACUUAACUUAAGUUAUUAGGUUUAAAUAAGUCACUUAGUAAGAUCUGAAGGCAUUGACUGCAUUGUUUUUUUUGUUUCUGUUUUUGAAAAAUAGCUUACAUCAUGAGAUAGAAUUACAUAAAUUAAAUUCAUGAAAUCAUUUAUGAUAGUUCUUUUCAUAAGAUCACAUUUGCUAUUAAUAUUUAAAUCAUCAAUUGUAUUUCAGUUAGAAAUAAAGUCAAAUAGAUUUGAAAAUGGGUCAAUUAUUAUUAAAGGAGUCUAAUGGACCAGGGAAAGGAGUUGCAUAGGAAUGGUGCAGCCCGUGAAUUUAUAGUCAUGCAGAAUAAUGCAUGUUAAUGGUAGCAGGGAUAGAGAAAGCGACGUGAUUGACUGUAGGCAAUUUGGGGUAUUCUGAGGGUAGCAUUAUGUUUUAGCUAUACAAACUUUAAAGUGUUUUUACUCACUCUCUCAGUUUUAAUGUUUUUUUUUUUUUAAUUCUUUAUUUAUGUCAAGAUCAGACACCACAUCGAGAUAUGCAACAUGAUACAAAUGCGUAAAUUAACUCUGACACAAGUCAACAUUAGUUAGAGGCAAAUAGUUGCGCAUAUUCAUAAAACCAUCUUUGAACAAUAUAGCUAACUGUUGCUUGUUGACUAUGAGAGUCCGUGUAUAGUGGCGUCCCACCCAUUUUUAAAUUAAGUAAUACAAAGACUCCUGACUGACUGUAAUACACAUGUUACUCUUACACGUUACCCAUCAUCAUCGACCUAUAGAAUGCGUUAAGAGGUUAGCGAAGUCAGCGGACUCCAGCCUAGUGCACAAGAUUGCCAAUGUUGUAUUGCCAUUUUAAUCGUGAUUAACCUGCAGGGGCCCUUCAACUCGCCCCAUCUAGUAAAGGCUUUAGCUAGCGGGUUGGUCGAGGAUUAAAAGUCAGUCAGAGUUAGAGAGUGAGAAAUUUAAUAAAAUAGAAAAGGUGAUAGUUAAACCGGAAAGUUCAAAGAGAAAAGAAGAAAGAAAAGGGAGAAAAGGGACGGGAAUGGGAGGGGGUGUUACAGGGAGUUUCCGUAAAUGAUACAGGCUCGUCCAGGUGGUCAGGUAGUACUGAAAUUGUGAGCAGUGGUGCACUAAGGGGGGGCGGCGGGGGCGGUCCACCCCGGGUGCCACUCACUAGGGGGGUGCCUGGGGCGCACUUUCACAGGGGCAAUUUCACCGCCCCUGUGUCUUAUGUAAAGGGAUUGGCCGCUUACGUGAGCUUCGUAUCCAGCAGCAGCAGGGUCCUCUGUUCUCGUGAUCCGCAAGAGCAUUGCCGCAAGUUGCUAUGGCAACCCGCGGCAACGCUCUCGCGGAUCGCGAGAACAGAGGACCCUGCUGCUGCUGCUGGAUGGGAAAUGAGCAUGGAGAGUACUGGGCCCCUCUUCACUGCCACCGAACCACCAGUCGAGGAGGACGGGAGGGACAGGUAAGUGUCAGGGAGUGGGGGAGGGGCAAACCAUACACACUACUCACCUUCCCAGCACUUAUUCCACACAACACACUGCACACACUAUACACACUGCAUUCCCUAUACACACACUGCACACCGUAUACACACACUGCAUUCACUAUACACACACUGCAUUCACUAUACACACACUGCAUCCAAAUGUCCACACUACAUAUAAACACACCACCAUAUUCAAAAAGCGCAGUACAGAAAAAUGCACGCCUGCAUUCAAAUGCCAAUAUAUGCAAACACAUCCGUACAUUCACUCACACAUACUCCAUACAAAAACAUGCUUACAUUAAAAAUAUACAAACACUGCUCAGUGCUAAAUAUAUUUUUAAAAAUUGUGGUUGUGUUUUACAUUUUAAGUUGGGGGAGGAGGGGGGUGCCAAAUGCUCCAGGUACGCCCCUGAUUGUGAGGAAACCAUUUGUUUCUUCUAUAGAAAUAACAUUUAUUUUCAAAAUAUGGCUAUUCACUGAACCUGAAAUUGCAGAGAAAUGCACAUUCUAGACCAAAACAUUGAUAAUAACAAAAAUGUUAUCAUAAAUCAGAUAAUUUUGUAUGAGACACAAUUUAUUGAGCAUAUCUAUAGUUAUCAUACAGUGGGGUACCUCUGUCAAUAUUACCAAGUUUAACAGUAUCAUUAUGCAGGAAGUAUAAAAAGAUUGGUCCUACCUGCAGCCUUAAGGUACUGUUGGGGUAUUCCCCACUGCACUAGAUGACAGCUAAUCUGGGUCUGUCUGAUAUAGUGUGAGAAUUGCCAUUCUAAUAACUGGCCUCAAGGCUACUCCAACUAAAAAAACUGUGUAUUCAUAAAUCAUUUGAUGAUCCACCCCCACAAACACCAGAAGAAAAUCAUGCUUAAACGUACCUUUUUUUCAGUGCUGAGGCCAAGUUCUCUCUCUACCCGAUCAAAGGUGAUGGCGUGUAAGGGAGUGGGAAUACUGUGAUUGUCUGGCACCAGCACCAGUAAGAUGCCAGUUUUGCGCAGAAUUGACAUUAUUGGCUAAUGGCGCUGCUGGUGGUGGAGGUACACCUAUGGCAGUUAAACAGUUAAAACGGUGCACAUAUAGACUCUAGGCACCAUGACAACUUAAAAUCACUGAAGUGGUCAUGGUGCUUGGAGUAACUUGGAGCGAAUUGCCAAGAAUGAAAUGUGAAUUCCACAUUUUAGGCUGAAUAGUGAACAAAGGUAUUUUCAUUUUGUAUUAUUUUUUGCUAGUAUUUGUAAUUCAGUUUGAAUUCCAAGCAAUCGGAAGUUUAAUGAGUAACACUCAAAGAGUGCUGACUUUAACAGUUGGGGGUAUAGCAGCCGGCAACGAGGAAUUUCAGUAAUGUUAUUUCAAACGUCUUUUCCUCUCCUGCCAUGUGAUAUCUUCUUCCUGCUCUUUUAGCAAUGUGCACACUCUGCAUGAAUUGGGAUACUAAGGAUUUUCCACUGAACAAAGCAAAUGUGUCUGUGGACCGUUAGUUUGCAUAUUGCUUGAUGUGUCUAGUAAUAGAAAAAAAAAAAAAAAAAAACCACAACUUUCAAUGUGCAUAAUGUUAUCCAGGACAUACUUGGAAAUGAGAAAAAUUUCAAUGUAUCCUUCCUGGUAAAGUAUUAUUUAAAUAAAUCUGGGCUUGAUGUGAUGUGAUGUGGACUGGGCUGCAGCGAGAACUUGGCCUUAGUGUGGGAUCUGUGUUAAAUUUAUUCUUUCAUUUCUUUUUUUUUUUUUUAUAAAGUGUAUUUGUAGAAUGGGUCUGUGUCAGCAAGGUUACUCAAACAAAAAAACAGGGUUUUAUUAUUACACUGUUUUUUUGUUGUUGUUUUUUUGUGGGAGCAACCCUUUAAUAACUACUUGAUUAAUGCAGGUUUUAAAUACACUAAGCUACUACCCGACACACAAUAGGAUGUCAUUGCUGCAUUGAGUGGCAUUGAGUUUCAGUGCAGGAGUGUAUUUGUAUAGAGUAUCAGCGAGAGUCAAUGGAAGGGUCUGUUUAUGUGUGAAGGCAAGUUUGUAGUUUUGUCAAUGUGUGUAUGUGUGUGUAUGACUGAAGACGUGUAUUUGUGCAUAGUGUCAGUGUGGGUGUAUCUAUAUCACCGGAGAUAUUUUAUCCUUUACUCACAAGUAAGGGGAGAAGAAAGGAGUUGGGGCAUUUAUUGCCCCCUUAGGCUGGGUGGAGAAAAAAGGGAAGAUACUCUCACCCACUGUUUAUUUGUAGUUCUUGAGGAAUACAUACAUUUUUUUGUUCUAACAAUCUGAUGUCUAUAUCUAAUUAUUUUAUUUGCAAACUGUAACAUUCCUGAAAGACAUAAAGUGGAAGACUUAUUCUAGAAGAGAGAGUUCUGUGAUCCUUCACCCCAGUAAAUGCUGUUGUAUUUAGUGCUGUGAUUAGUGUUGCAAAGGUAAGUAAAAAGUAAACUUACAUCUGUGGCACUUCAGAGUGGGAGAGCAAGCCUCUAACUCCCAACAGCCCCAGUCAAUAGAAGCCAGCCUGCUGCUCCCAAAAGGUAGGAAACUGAAGGGUGGCUAAAAUUUUAACCUGUAUGUGUGUCUUUGUGUAUUUUUCUAUGUCUGUGAGUCUGUAUGUGUGACUUUGUGUGUCUGUAUAUCUGUAUAUAUGUGUUUGUGCCAUUGUUUGUACUUAUGUGUCUGUCCAUCUGUAUGUGUCGGUUUGUGUACCUGUAUGUGUGUCAGUUUUUUUGUAUCUGUGUAUCUAUAUGUGUGUCAGUGUGUGUAUCUGUAUGUAUUUUUAUCUGUGUGUGUUUGAAAUUGUAAUUGUUUGUGUCUGUGUAUUUGCAUAUGUUUCAGUGUUUGUAUCUGUGUGUCUGUAUAUUUGUCAGUUUGUGUAUCAGUAUGUUUGUAUAUCUGUGUCUGUGUCAUUAUUUGUAUCUGUAUAUCUGUCUAUCUGUAUGUGUGUUAGUUUGUGUACCUGUAUGUGUGUCAGUGUUUGUAUUUGUGUGUCUUUGUAUUAUCAUGUGUGUCAGUGUGUGUAUCUGUGUAUCUAUAUAUGUGUCAUUGUUUGUUUCUGUGUGUCUGUGCAUCUGCAUGUGUGUUAAUGUUUGUACCUGUGUGUCUGUGCAUCUAUAUAUGUGUCAGUGUUUGUAUCUGUGUGUGUAUGUGUAUCGGUGUGUGUGACAGUGCAUGUGUAUAUGUGCAUAUAUCUCAGCAUUCAAACGCCAACACUAGACACAAAUGCAUCCCUGCAUCCAAAUGUCAACACUACAUACAAACGCACCUCUGUAUUGAAAAACACCUACAUUAUAUAUAAACACACCACUGCAUCAAAAACCAACACUACGUGAAAAUUCAUUCCUGCAUUCAAGAGCCAACACUACAUACAAACACACCACUACAUUCACUGACACAUUUUUCAUAAUAAAAACGUACUUACAUUCAAACACACAAAUACUGUUCAGAGUUACAACUCUGGAAGCAUGUGAAAAUGGUAGAUUCCCUAGCUGGCAAAGCAUUGUGGGAGUUGUAUGACACACAGGGAUCUACCUAUUGUCCAUCCUUGCAAUAGGGGGGCCCAAAAAGUUCUUGCACCAGGGCCCUCUCUACGCCAGUUCCUCCACUGCCUGCAUUCAUCAGAUUAGAAACAAUUUCCCACAGUGUGUGGUUUGCUGUAGAAGCACUGCUUCCCCCAGUGUAGCAGAGACCCACUACCCAGGAGUUUUGUGGAGUUCAAAUAGAUCAUGCAAUAAUUAUACAUGAGCCCCUUUCGAUAAUCUAGAGAUUUUGACAGAUUUUGCAGUUGGUACACCAACCAACUAAUUGAUCUUACCAGCUUGCAACUGCCUGAAUUCAACACUGUUUUAAUGGAACUUUGUUUAACUACCUACAUGUUUCUUGUAUUAAUUAGGAUCUUCUCCUUGCUGCCGCCUAUGUUUAUGAUGCUCAGUAUAACAGAAACAUUCCGUUUGAAACCUCUCCUCAAGCAGUCAGGUGAGGUAUUGUAAAUGAAUACAAUAUGUGGUAAAUAUAUCCAAUGUAUGGAUAAAGCUUUCUUUUUAUAUGCAUGCCGCUAUAUAAAUAAUAACAACAAUAAUAAUAAUAAUAGUGAUUCUGCUUUGUAAAGGCCACUUUGUGAGCAGAGAUAAUGUUUUACCAUAUAUUUGGUUGUACAAGAAGCAAUUAAAACAAUCUAAAAUACAAACAGUGACAAAAACUGUUAGGCAUUGCAAUCAAAUUUUUAGUGCAGGGUGUAUGUAACUGAUAUAAUAGUGCUUCCCUAACACUAAAAAUAACAUACGUAUUACAAGAAAAAAAUAUCAUAUAAACAAAAUAUAUAUGUAUACAAUAUAUACAGUGUAAAUAGUGAAAAACACGUUAAAUGUGGAGAAAUAAUUUUCCAAGGUAGCGUUCAAAUGAAUGUUAAAGUACAAUACAACGUCUCUAAAAAAAAUACAAAAGUAGCAUAGUGCAAACUGCAUAAAACAUAAAAUAAAGGGGUGAGGGAUGGAGGCAAACCCAUAUGACUCAGAGCUGUACCAGGUUCUAAGUACAAGGCUUUAAGGCUUCAAGAUUCCAAGUUGUUCCAGAAGAGGGAUAUUUAUUAAAACAAUAUAGAAUACACUUAUAAAAGAGCAAGUAACUAAUACAAUAACUGGGUGGUUUGUCAAUAUAAAGCAGUGUCUAUAUUAUUAUGGCAAGUCCAUGAGGAUCAGUUCACCACUGGCGUCCAAUCCAGAUAGUACAAUCAAGUUCAGUAAUGGUAAUGAGCAGCAAACAUGUUUCGACCGACAAUCUUCUUCAAGUGCUGACCUGUUCCUUGCUGGUCUUCCGAUUUAAAUACUCCAUGUGCAGUGCCCAGAUAUCCAUGGGGCAUUUAAAUCAGUAGGCCAGCAAGGAACAGUCGAAACGCAUUUUCUGCUUAUUACCAUUAUUGAUUCUACUAUCUACUAUGUGGAUACUGGCAGCAUACUAUUAUCUAUUAAGUCUCAGACUAGUAAGUGUGUCCAUUUUUAUUAUUUUGAGUUUGAUGAGCAGUGGCUUAGUAUCCUGUGUGUUAAAAUAGAUAACAAGUCAUCUUAUUACUUCAAAGGUUAUUUAGGUAAAUUCCAGAAAAAAAGUCUGUGCAGAUUAACUUUCAGAUUCUGGUAAAUGGAAAAAAGUGACAUAAUUUUGCAUCUCUGCAAGCAGUAAGCAUGAUAAUUACAAAAAAAUAUCUUAUAUAUCUUAGCUCUUAGAUCGAGCUAACUUUUUGAGCUAUGCUAUUGCUAAUUUAGUUUCGUUUUUUUUUAUAAAUUGAGGCUCUGUUUCUCUGUCUGAAUAUGCUUAUCAAUGUUUUUGAACACUUAUUAUAUUGUCUAUUUGUGUGAAAAGCACUGGCUUAAUAAAAGAAUGAUUGCCAAAAAAACAAAAAUAUGUUUGGGUCGUUGUCGGAAUAAAAAUCAGUCAAUCAAAGAAAGAGAAAUGGCUUCACAGUCCAUAACUCAGUAUUUUUCAAUAUAAUUCUCUGACAGUCUUUAUGAAUCACAGUUCAAUAAAACAUAAGGGUCAAUGUUGAAACUACAAAUAAACUUCCUGCAGUUACUGGAGUUGUGUGGAAUAUAGUGUGGAUUUUUGCGUGUUUUUUUUUUGUACAUGUGUAUUUUUGAUAUGUAAAUAGUAUUUUUUUAUUUUUGCUAUAUUAUAUAGUUAUGUUUUAUGGUUUUCUUCUUGUACUGUGUGUCAUGAACACACCCUACUUUAAGAGUGUGCGUGACGUAGUUGUGGUGUUGAAGGGGUUAAAGUUCACUAUUUGUCUGCACUAGACCGUAAAUAAUGAUAAAAUCCCACUUAACACCACCCACACUUAAGCAUUAUAAUAUAAAUAUUACUAUGUUAAUGCUGCCACCACCAAGACAAUUUAUAAAUGAGGUGCCUUCGACCCCCAGGUAAAUCAAUAACAAAAACCCACUAAAUGUAACUUAGCACAAUAUCUAUGUAAUUGAAAAAUACUAACUAGUCUCUUCAGGUACGUGAUUCUUUACCAGACAAAGGCAGAACUUAAUAAAGGAGUAUUUAUUCUGAACAAAAAAUAGUCACAGUGCAUAAAAAAAUAUAGAUGACACUCAAAAUUAUUUACACCAACAACAGAUAAAAACACAAGGGAUAAAAUAACACAAAGUCCUAAUCACUUACUCAGCUCUUCAAAGUAAAUACUUCUGCCCCAGGGGGUCUCUGGUAGGAAAGAUGGUGACUCACUAAGAAUUAGAUUCUGAGCCCUCAAGCAAGUACAAGGCACACUUCAGUAUCAUUAGAGAUAUGCCCUGUGGAUUACCAUGCCUCACCCAGAGGUGGAGUUAAGGCAUAUCUAUAGAGACACUAAGUGACCAUCCCCUUGUGUCCAGACCCACAUCAAUCCAAAUGGAAACAUUUGGUUCUAUCUUCUCUUAUGUACCUGCUACAGAAAUAAUAAUUGCAUCUAAGAAUUUGUUAUUAUUUUUCCAUUCUAUAGAUAUGUCACACCCCUUACUUGUGACCCAAUAUAGCGGACCUCACAAUCCCUUCCCCUAUGGUUAAGUUAGAAGAUGGUGCUUGUCACAUUCCAAAUAUAACAAAAAGGAGGCUUAAUUAUUAUUCUGUGGGUAAAUAUUAAUGUUUUUUUCUUUUGGGUUUGAUACUGGAUUAACACUAAUGGCCAUUAACAUAUCAAAGAGAUUGAUCCAUGAAUUAAGAAGUACAGGCCAUAUGGCUGAAUCCAGACUUUCAGGCUUUUCAAGUGUAGAAUCUCACACCUUGCAGAGCCUUUGAUUAAUCACAGGAUACAUCUUUCCCUUUUCACAUUCCUAUGCAAGUUACAUUACCCCUUCUUUCAUCCCAGCUUCAAAGACAAUAUUCCAUAGUGCAAUAAUGACUUAUGCACCCUUGCCGUGACACUGUGAACCUACGAAUGCUCCAAGCACCAUAACCAUUAUAGCAUGCUGUAGUGGUUUUGGUGCCAAGAGUUCCCUGCAACCCCCCAUGAUAAGUAGCUAAGCUCAGCAAUGCAGGACUUGGCUCAUUGACUGAGAGCAAACAGCUAACACCAAUGAGUAGGUCCUGCACUGCAGAACAUAGCUCUGCAGACCCAAAGGUAGCUCUUAGACUGGAGUUUCUGGCUCACUAAUUUGCUGAUAGGAGGUUCUAGAAAAGUUUAACUGCUUUCAAUGGGGCAGUGACAGUGCACUACUGUCACCAUAACCACUACAGCACUGUUAGAAGUUAUUUUUUUACAAUUCUUUCAAUUUUGUUUUAUUUUGGUUAUUUUUGUAAAGUUUACAUAAUUAUAAUAUAUCAUGUAGGUAUGAUGGAGUAACAGAACAUAUGGAUGACAUGUCACUUAAAGUAAACAAGUGGAUAAUGUCACAUUUGAAUUAGACUGGGAUCUAUCACAAUCAUAGAGGAAGCAUAAUAUGUCAACCAGGUGUGAGGAAACAGUCAUCAAUAAUCAAAAAUAGAAGCAGAAAAAUAAACAGUAAAAAUUAAAUGUGUUAAUUACAACGAAAGUACAUCCUCGGUUGAAUGUAAGUAGGUGGGGUAUAAUGGCAUCUCAUCAGAAGCUGUAUUUUCAGUCGGUUGUGAGGCCGUGUCGGUCUAUGCGCAGACUGAAAUUCUUGGAUAAUGUGGUGCAUAUUAAAGGCUAUCGUAAUACAUAUUCUGUAUAGCUGUACCAAGUCACACUCCAUUUCUGUUGUGUAUUGCGUGUCUCUGACACUGAAGUGAGCUAAUCUAAAAUUGCGGGACCCAUGUUCAUUUGGGUGUGAGUAGGUGUUUGUAGCCCAUGGUGUGAGAGAGCAGUUAAGCUUUUAAGUCGAGAGAGCGUGGGUGUCGAGUAUCGUGAACCAUGUGACACGUAGAGUUCAAUGUAUACACUUUAUGAUUUGCUUUUUAAUCAAGUAUAAAUUUAUAAUAUUUUAAAUGUAUAUGUUAAAUAUAGCCAUAUUAUUAGAUGGACUGAAUACAUAUAUGAUCUACUGGCUACCUAUAUAAUACAUUUAGAGGAAGCUUAAAUGAUUUGCUAUAGGUGGAUCAGCAGUAUUUUUGCGUUUGUUUAAAAAAUACAUAAUAUAUUCCUGUUCUUGUCCCUAAGAAGAGUUGCCAUCUGUUCAUGACUAUACUUUGUUAUGGUAACAAUUUGUUUCACUUUGUUUUAAUGAUAUAACUUUUUUGUUUUAUAGACUUUAUUACUUUUACAACCACUGGGCUAUGCAGAUAGCCACCUAUUUCUUCAUUCUGGUUGAUCUGUCACUGGCAUUAUUUGAGGACCCAGCUGCUUACCCAUUACCAUUUCUGGUUAGUAUGUUAACAUUUAUUACAGACUGCUUUAGAAGACUCUGUCUGUGGAAUGCAUUGAGACUUAGCAUGCUGUCACUAAGUACCUAUUAUAAAAUGGACCAGUGUGAAAUUAUUCUGUUUGAUCUCCUAGUACGUAACAAGGACAAUAUAUUGCUGGAAAUGCAAUGCAGCAACAAAGCUGCAAACCUAGAUUUAUAAAGAGAAAGGUUAAUUUGUCUAACCAUAACAAAGCGAUAUAAGAGAAACAAUUCCAAUAGAUAGAUAUUCUUUAUCUACCUGUCUAGCCAACCAGAUAUAUUUUAGCUGCAUUAAGCACCACCAUGUUGUUGAACAUGACUGCCUUCCAAGAUCAAAGGCGAUCAAGGGGAAAUGCUUUCUUUAUCACAAAGAAGAAUACUUACAUUUGUCAGAGUGCAGGGACAGGAUCUAUGCAUCAAAACCACUACAUUGACAUGGAAUGGUCCUUGGUGAUUAGUGUCCCUUUAAUUACGGUGGAACAGACGCAUAGCAAAAGUUCCUAAACAAUCUGAAAUUUGGAAAACGCACAGUCAUGGAGCAUAGCUUGCUUGGAGAAGUAGGUGUCAGGGUACCUGGGUCAAGGGCCUCCCUCCCCUCCGGCAGUCUCAGCAUUCUAGAGGCCGGCCGCGAUAGCUCCGCCCCUUUUAUGACGCUGCGCAAUCCCGCCGACGUCGUGACGUGAAUGACAUCACGAACCGCCGAAAAACUCAAACCAGGACGUUUUGGGGGCGUGGACAUCAAUUAAAGAGCCAGGCUAUAAAAAGUACUCACUUACAGUGAGUCAUUGCCCUGUCGUGGUUUCAGCUUGUCUGUUCCUUCAGUGCAUCUCUUGUGAUUGAUUUUCUGGUUAUAGAUCUUUGGCUUGUACCCUGACAUUGUUGUUCUCUCCUAUCCUUAUACCCGGCUUGACUUUCGCUUACCUGUCUUCUCAUUCCCUCGACCUCGGCUUCACUCUGACCAUUUUUGUUUAUGUGACGUUAGUCCAGCCACUCUAAGGUUCGGUACACGUCUGUAUAGUUUCAGUACACUGCGUGUUGGAUCCCUGCCUUGACCUUGACAGUAGGUGCCAGGCCAGCUUUCUUUAUGUGUAAAACUGGAGACAUUCUCUAAGUCAUCUAUGCUUCCAGAUUGGCUACUAUGGUCACUUUAAAUUCACAUUGAAUUCUCAAUUUACUGAAUAACCGUUUGUCUUUCUGUGGAGUUGCACACUAGGCCCCCUAGAGGUACUUUAUGAGAAUACAAGUAGAUUAAUAUUAGAGAGAAACUUAUAUCACCUCAUUUGUCUGUGGAUUAAUAGCUAUAGUUUUGAGUUAUAAGAUAGUACUUUGACAAAAUGAUCAGUUUCAUAUGAACAAACGUUACUGUGAAUGUUAGGCAAUUGUUUGAAUGUUUUAAAGAAAUGUGGCUUCAAGGGUGGAAUAAAUGUUGAGGUUUAGCUAGACAAUUUGUUAUGCCACAUUUUGCAAGUAGUUUUCUGAAAACUGUCACCCAUGUUUAAAUCCCCUUAUCUCAUUCAUAAGCUAUAGGUGAUACAGACCCUGCUUUUUAAUUUGUGUGUAUGAACAAUUGUGUUGCUAGGUGAAUGACUAGUUACGUAUUGAUGUGUAUGGGAAAGCAGUAAAGUAUACUGGAAGGGGAUGUAUGGCUUCCUUAAAACAUUGUUGCUUGUCAGUACUUGGGGUCGAUCAGAAAAUUUCACAAUUAAUUUUUUGUAAUAAUUUACAAUUUAUUACUUGUAACCAUUGCAAUCUAUGGUCAAGAUACACUAAUUGUUGUAGCAGGUGUAGUGUUAGCCAUUCAGUAGUUUGGAAACUACUUACCGUUAUUUAAUUAGACUUUUUGAGCUGGUAUACUUAGAGGGUUAAUCCAAGCAUCAUAACCACUUCACUGUUUUUAAGUGGUCGUGGUGCUUGAAAUCUGUAUGAAAUAUUUUAUAUCGAUGCCAGAGCUGUAAAUCCACUUCCGACAGAGUCAUUAGCUAGUCUUGAACAAGAGUUCUGGGCUGGCUAAUGUAAAUGUUGUGCUUAUUCUUUGCUCAGCUCACACUCUCAGCCAGUGAAAGACCCGGUGAUCGGAAUCUGUCUUCUGGAGCUCUGUAGAAACCAGAUGUGUAUCUCUCUGCAUUUCAGGAGGCAUUGCACUAAGUUCCUUAUAAGAAUCGAGCAGUAAGACUUCAGGGGCAUGAUCUAUUCACCAAAAUCUUUAUCAAUCAGCUAAAGGUGUUUUGGUGUUUACAGUGUCCCUUUCAUUAUUUUACAUUAACGAUUAAUGAUUAUGUUAAUGACGGCAAAUAAUUAAAUUUUUACGAAACUUUUAAAGAAUUUUGCUUUUAUUUCCAGGUGACCGCACUAGUUGAGGUUAUGUGCCUUGUAGCUUUUUUUAGCCGCUUGGUGCAUUUUAGUAGAGUUACCCCUCGCAAUCUGUUCUGGAAGGAUACAAAAAACAUAUGUGUAAUGGUCACAAUAAUGGUAAGUUCUUAUUGUCAAAUAUUUUACAGUUAAUGUCUAAUAUACAGGAAGCAUUUUUUUAUUACUUGUACAUUUUUAUUCUCUGCAAUUGCUUAUUUGGUUAAUGAAUCAGCUUCUGCAUCUCUAGUACCUACUUGUUCCUCACAGUUUAAGGUCUGAUAUCCUGCAGGGUCAGUUCAGCCACUCAUUACUCAGUUGUUCUCUGUAAAAUAUAGACUUGUGCACAGUGGAAAAAUCUGUUUAAACCAAACCUUAUUCUGAAAAUACAUAUAUAUUUUUUGGUACGGCUGAAUUUCAUCCAUACGGUGGUUCCGCUUGUCCAAAUAUCGCUAUUGAGAAAAGAUUUGGGAAAACCAACCAGACAAACCAAAAGGCGUGAAAACGGGCCAAUCAGUGUACUGCAAAAUAUAUACUUAAUAUAAAUAUAUAUAUUGCAGUGCACUGAUAGAUGUAUUUUCUGCCGUUUGGUUUACAGAUCUAAUGAGGAAAGCUAAUCAUUAGAGGGAAAAAGAGGAGAAGCAGUAGUUAAAUCUAUAUUUAUAUAGUGAUAUUCUAUAUAUAUAUAUUAAAUAUAUAAUAUAUAAAUAUAGAUUUUUUUACUACUCGUUUUUUUCCCUAUUAACACUUGAUCCAAGAGUGAAAUCAACAUUUAGCGUCUGUCCCAUAGCCAACUUUCGGUCACCUCUUAUUAUUGCAUCACGGCUCGUAUUUCGAAUUCUGAAUCAAACAAACUUGCUCGCCCAUUGCACAAUUUGUUCGGUUCGUGUUUCGGCUACAUUUCAACUCAGAGUUUGGGAAUUCGUACAAUCACCUGAUCACCCAAAUUCUAAUGAAUUUCAGUUAGUAACUAGACGAACUGCAAGUCCUGUAAGGUUAUUUGAUAUCAUUAUUAGGAUUGUAUAGUGUACAAUGUCAAUUCCUUUAGAAAAUUAAGGCACAAUAAGAUGUAGCAUUGAAUUAACAGAUGUGUUCCUUAUAAUAAAGUCCUUUUGCCACUAUCCAGGCCUAAAUUUUGCUUGCCUUCAGACCUCUACCCCAAAUGAAUAAGGAGAAAAAAAUCCCUUAAUAAAACACUCCUUGGAUUGUGUCUGAAAAAAACAAAAAUAUUUAAUAAAUUAGUUUACAAAAGACCUAGCAAAACAAAGUGCACAAAACCAAAAGGCAAAAAAAAGCAGAAAAAUAAAAACUUAAUGCAUUUUGUGUCGCAUGUGGCACUUACUCAUAGACCAAAUGUAACUCAGCAUUGCCUACUUCCUACUGCUGGCAGUGUACAAUGCAUAGAGGAGAAUUAUAAUAAUAAUAUUUUUCAGUUCUAAAUCGUAAUGUCACUGUUUCCACCAUUCUAAAUUUCUUACCUGAAAUUGAUAUUUCCAUGAAAAAUUGCACAUUGUGGACAAAAUUAAGCCAACACCUUUUAGACCAUUUUUAGAACAAUUUAAUAAGUAUGAACAGAUGAGAAAAAGUUACAUAGAUUUUACAGUUAGAUAAAAACCUCAACAAAAUCUGCUGUUUAAAGGGUUUUCCAUGUUUUACUGAAAACAGAAGAGGGGAUCGAAAAUGGAUCUGAAACUAGGACAUUAUAACGUUAGGAAUGCAUUUCAAACACUAUAGUGUUCCUUUAUGACGCUAUGUUUCCUUCAAGAGCCUUUGCAUAUUUAGCAAGGACCUCUGAAGGUGUCACUCCCACAUGGGGUCUGAUGACCUGGGGUACAGUGGAAAGUUGAUAUAUGUAUAUAUACCUUAAGAUGUCCCUUGCAGGCACCGACAUCUUCUUACUAGAAAGGGCAAUUGACAGAAACGGAUGCAUUGUCAGAGUCUAGAGCAGUCAUUUUGUAGAACAUAUUUGAUUUUAUUUUGUAUCAUAUGACAAUUAAAGAAUGGCUAAUAAAACUGUGUUUCUGUUAACAAGUUUUUAAAAGCAGGCAUGCAUUGGCAUUAUCCAAUGUGUGUGUAUCUUCUAACAUGUAUGAAAUUAAAUUGCAUUGUCCCUGUACAAAUGACUUCUUAUCUUCAUUGUUAUUUUCUUUAUGAACAGCUGAAUUUAAUUGAUCUGAUUAUCUGUGGAGCUUUGAGCAUCGCUCAAAUACGCACCAUUCGAUGGACAAGGGUGCUACGACCGAUUUAUUUAGUCAACUUUGCUGAAAGUCGUCAGGUAAGACAUGGACAAGACUGUGAAAGUGUCUACUAAUAUGAUCAUGUUCAGUUUGUAUUUUGGUUGUUUGGGGUUUUUAUUUUAUUUUUUAUUUUUUUUAUUUUUGCAUUGACAUAGACUGAAACAGUGCAGUAUAAAGAGGCUUACACAGAAGCCUUAUUUCUGUAAAUGCAUCAUUAGUAUUAUAUUACAGGACUGAAAAUAGGUGGGUUACAUGCAUGCCGUGCAUCAACUAUCUGUGCUUUGCGUGUUCACAGUCUGUCAAAUUUUAUGUUAACAGAAACGAAAGAAGUAUAAAAAACAAAACUGAAUAUAUACUAAUUGGCUCUGCGAUUCAAGAGGGGUCUUUUUCUUACUCUACGUGUGGGUGCGAUCGGGCAUUUGUGUGGGUGGGGAUGUGAGGGUUUCCGUGCAUCUCUUAUGUAUCAACGAGGCUACACCAUGGGAAACAGUGUUUAGGGGCAUGAUUCAAACAUCUCAUAGAACGAGCAGAAAAUAGAGUGGCCUAAGAAAAAUAAAUGAGUGAUGGAGAUAAUUGGUAGUUAUAUACCAAGGAAAUACAGUGGCAGCCCCAAAAAUCUAUUCUUCUUCUCAUGUAAAAAGACUGCUCAAAUAUUGGUAUAUAUAACAGACGACGCCAUCAAAAAAAUAAGAUAAAUGGAAAAUACCUACUUUUUGAACAAUUGAUUAUUUAUUAAUACCACCCCAUAUGUAUUUUUUUUUUUUUUUGCAUUAUUUCCAUGUUGCCUAAAAUACCUUAUGAUAGAGAGAAAUAAAGUGGAUAUGUACGUAACUAAUUCUAAAUCACUAAUCUUUUUUUUUAUUGACUAACUACAUUAAAAUAAAUAAAAUUCUUUCUUAGGAAUGUAUCCUUCUUCAUCUAAAUAGAUAGAUAGACAGACAGACAGAUAGAUACAGAUAUAGAUAGAUAGAAUUGCUAUGAAUACUAAUAGAAAGGGUCUGAAUGUUUGUGGCGUUGCCCCUUUCACAACAUAUAAUAAAAUACCUGUACACCUAUUAAUAUUUUUACAUUAAGUGACUUAUUAAUUCUUUAUUUUUUUGCCAAUUUUGUACAGAUCCGCAGAGCAUUCCGAAGUAUCCGAAAUACAUUACCAGAAAUUCUUUAUGUCUUUCUUCUGUUUAUGUUCAGUGUUCUCGCAUUUUCUCUGAUGGCAAUGAAACUUUUUGGAAGCAGGUAAAAAAAAAUUUAGAAUGGGAUGACAUUUAUUUUUAUAAGAAAAUCACAGCCAGAAAUGAAAUUUCAAUAAUAAAAGCCAAAGAGAAGGCCAGAAAUACAGAAUAGUCAGAGAAUAGCCAAGUCAGAUACAAAGACAAUAGAAAGAUAAUAAACACAUUCUUGGGACAAUAAGGACACAGCAGGGCACUGUAAUACUGGCAAACUAAGCUUUUAUAGUUUUGGUGGUGUUAGUGGUGUAACCAUGCCCCCAAAACUUGAGGUGUGUUGGUUACGUGUGUAUUGAGCUUCAAUGACAUCAUGACUGUCAGGGAGGCUCCAGGAUCGGGCAGAGAGAAGAAGUGCUGGUUCGCCGGAUCAUGAUGAAACAUGACGAGCGGACCGCCAAGCUAAGCAUAGAAAGGCUUACAGUAUAAAUCUAAAGCCUGUAAAAAAAAAAAUUAUACUUACCAUAAAAAAUCUUUUUUUCUUGUCCCAAAAAAGGGCAAAUCAAAAUCCUGAAUAACUAAUUUUUAACCGCUAAUUAAAAUAAAAUUUAAAAAAGGGCGUAGUCAUAAAAAAACAAAAACAAAAAAAAAAUUCAGGAAAUAAAAACUGUGCUGCAAUAAAAAAAAAGAAUCCAUCUUUACCCGUGGAGGGCUUGCCGCAGAACCAGCUCUGAUAGCACAGAAAGCCCUUAUAUAGCUUCACCACAAUAUCACAGCUAUUGCAAACUGUGGGAAAGCGCUUGUUUUAAACAUUUAGCAGACACGGAUCAUAUGAAGGUAAAAUACCUCCAUUCUAGUAAUAUAAUCCACACUCCAAAAUAUAUAACACCGUGAAGGAGUUUAAGCAUGCGUGGAGAUAGGCAUAAGGCUAUCCUAACUAUAAGAUAAGUCCAGGGAAUAAUUAAAAGUAUUUUAAAAAAUUGGGCAGACUAGAUCGCCCGAAUGGUUCUUAUCUGCCGUCACAUUCUAUGUUUCUAUGUAUUGGCAGUUCUGUAUCUGUUUGUAUGUAACAGACAGUGUUCAUUUCUUAUCAUUCGCUACAGAAAACUCAAAACAGCCGAAGGAGAACCUUACUUUGAAAACUACCUUGAAGGUGUAUUUAAUCUUUAUGUGUUGGUGACAACAGCUAAUAGUCCAGACGUUAUGUAAGUAUUUUUGAGUUUGUUAGUAAAAGUGAAUACAUGUUAAAAAGGACAGUUAGGCUAAGGUUUCUGUCAGCUUACUGAUAGAAUUCAAUAGGUAUGCAUUGACAAAAACCCUUUUAGUGUAUAAAUGUGAAUCAUUAAUGUACACUGAUUUGAGCAAACAGCAGUGGGUUAACUUUUCUAAACAUUUUAGUCAUCUCCUCCAAUAGUUUUUUUGUGCAUGCACCUUUGUAGUGUGCUUCAGGUUUUUCAGUCAGUCUUGCCUACAGGAGGCUUUCCGACAAUGUGUUUUUGGUCAUGGGCACCCUACAUGUGGGCAUUGGAUGAUGGGGACAAUAUGGUAGCGUGUCAUAUUACUAGGAAAUGGUUUGCAUUGCAAGUGUUUCAUGGAUUUGCCGUGAUCUGGAUUUACUGUCUGAAGCUGCCAACAAAACAAUUAUACAUUUUAUCGAUGUCUUCACACAUCAGUGCUUUGACAAACGCUGUCUUGACCAAGCUUGACAAAAAUAGUUUGGUGGAAACAUUGAUGUAAGAAGGCUCCACAAUUUGGAGGAAUACUGGACUAACCAUCCUUUCUUUUUGUGUUUUUCAUGAAUUUUGGCCGUAAAAGAUAAUGUUUAUAAAGGAGCUGCUGCAGACAAUACUUCUAAAGUCUUAAUGAGUCCUGAGAUGGCAGAGCAGUGAAUUUUGACCAAAGUUUCCUGAGCAUCCAAGGCAGGGCAUAACAAAUCACCUAUUUCUGAUGAUUAUAGUUUGUUAUUAAACCAUCCUUUAUGCUGUCCAACCUUCUUGGGGAUUGUAUUUCACAAACAUAUGUUUACAGUUUAGCAAUCACUGUUCUACACUUCUACUAUAAGUACUAUGCAUUAAAUAUAAAUAUGGUUCUGCUGGUCUCCCGUUUAGGAUGCCAGCCUAUGACUACAACCGGUGGUAUUCGAUCUUCUUCAUAGCCUACAUUAUACUCAACACUUACAUCUUCAUGUCUGUCUUCCUGGCGGUUGUGUACAACAAUUACAGGAAACAUCUAAAGGUAUUCAAACCUACAGAGCAAGCUUCCAUUGAGGAUCAUUAUGUAUAUUUAUAUUUACAUUUAAACUUUGUGUUUUGUAUAUGUUGACAUAUAAUACAACAAAUUAUGCUCACGAUAGUAUUUAUAUUAUUGUCCCUCCAAUGUGCAUUGUUCAUUAUUUUAGUUGUAUUUUACAUAAUUUACAUAAUACACAAUCUGAGUGUAGACAGAUAAAAUAAGUGACUAGAAAUAUCUGUACUGUUGAAAACAAUAUUUAAUGUGGUUAGUGCUCAGAUUCACUUUUUUUUAAUUCUAUUGCUUAUUUUGUAAAUGUUUAGCUAGGCAGUUACAUUGUGUCAGUAGGAUAUAUAUACAUGUAAUUCUCCAAUCUCUUUCCAGAAUGAGAUCCGUAAAUUAGCUUAUAUGAAGCGUCGUAAGAUGGUGGAAGCUUUUAAUGCUUUAAAGGUCAAGGAAGGUACCGAGUUUGUCAUUUCAGAGGCCAGGUGGAAACAUCUGGUGAAGUUGGUGGCUCCGGAUAUCAGUAAUUCUCACAGAGAACUGCUCUUGAGAGUGUCUAAUGAUGCAAAAACAAGCUAUGUGGGUGAGUCAAUUCUAAAUUGGAAUAGUCUAAACCAGGGGUAGGCACUCCAGAUGCUGUGGACUACAUCUCCCAAAAUGCUCUUACAACCAUAAUGCUGCCAAAGCAUCCUUAGACAAGUAGUCCACAACAUCUGGAGUGCUGAAGGUUGCCUGCCCCUAGUCUAAGCAAUGCUAAGCAAUCACCGGGUAAAGGGUAGAAAUUAAUUAGUGGCCCAACCGCUAAGCACAUUCAUUAGUAACGUAAUGCAACUUAUUCACAUUUAGCUUUUUCCAUCAAGUGAUAUAAGGAAAAGAGGAUAUAUAAAGUGCAUACUAUUUUUGUAGUAUAUGUAAAAAAAAAGUGUAAGAACUCAAAAGACAUGUUCACCCAGGGGAAUACAACGGAGCAUGUUUGUGAGAGUGCAAACUGCAUAGAAUUUUAUAAUCAGUGUCUUUAUCAUCUCUCAAUUAGGAAAGGAGGCUUUCUUGCGCCUGGCUGAUCUGUUAAAUAUUAAAGUAAUUACGAUGAAAGCACGCAUGCAUCCCCUGGAGUCCUGGCUGCCUUACCUGUACAAAUCUGCUUUGAGUUGUUUCAUCCACAAAGUAGUCAGACACAAGUAAGUCUAAUUUUAUGCUGCAAAAAAGAUUUCUAAACUCAUGAUGAAGUCACAAUUGUGUUUCACAUGGAAUCCUGACAUUACAGUGGGACCGGGAUCAAAAAUCACCCUAAAGAUUGAAUGUAGUCCCCUGUUAUGGUUACAGUGUCCUGUAGUGAUAAUGGUGUUUGGCGUGUUCCUUUAAAGGGUUACUCCAAACAACAUGACCAUUUCAGUGAUUUGAAGUGGUUAUGGUGCUCGGAGUCUGUAAGAAACGCUGCAUAUACAAGAGUUCCAGGCUGGCUAAUAUGAAAUCUGUGCAUAGUUUGUGUUCGUCGUCAGCACAUGGCAAUAUGGCAACAGAAGACCAAUGAUGGCAUUGCCACUCCUCCAGGCUGCCCAAGUUCUCCCUCAGCCCAGCCUAUGGAACAUCCCUCUACCUGCAGCGAGAUCUUAAAUAAGUUUAUACUUCAUUUAUUUACCUUUUUUGGUGCUAGAGUAAGCCUUUAGAUAUGUGGUUUUAUUACAUAAUAAAAUGCUUGUAAUACUAACUAACGGUAAAACGUUUCGUUUUGAGUUACCAUUGUAGUGUAGGGACCAUUUAAUCUUAUAGGCUUACUUUCUGAUAUCACAAUAGAAAUUGUAAUUGGUUUAUUUUCUUGUGCAACAUGAUAGGGAGCAGUCAGUCAACACUCAUGUUACGUGUAGUGAGGUAAGCGUACAAUGCUCGCAGUUUAGGGAAUAAGACCCAUGAACUUGUGGCAAUAAUGGCAACUGAUAAUGUAGAUUUAGUGGCUGUUACUGAGACAUGGUAUAGUGAGAAAAAUGACGGAGGCAUAGCAAUAUCAGGGUACUCUUUAUAUAGAAAAGACAGGGAAGGCUAGAAAGGGGAAGGGGUGGCCAUGUAUGUGAAGGAUAGCAUAAAACCUAGCCUAAUAAAAGUUAGUGAGGCGAACAUAGUCCAUUUGAUUUGGGUUACGUUAGAAUUUGGCAAUCACACAGUCAGGGCCAGAUUAAGAGCCCAGUGGGCCUGGUGCUGACAAUUAUGACGGGCCUAAUUACAGAAUCAUAUCGACCAAAAACAGUAAAACACUCCCAAGCAUCAUGUAUCUGAUGGAGAUGGUGCUGGAGAGAAAGAAAACAGCAGCUAUAAGAAAAGGCUAGUCUCUCUCUAAUUUAUGUUUUCAUCUUUCAAGUAAAUCCAUAACUCCUAACAGCAGUGUCCAGUCAGGCAGGAAGUCAAUGGGCAUGGUAAAAGGGUGUGCCACUGACACAAAUCACGUAACCUGCCAAAAGGGGCAAACAUGCCCAAAAAGAGGACAUGUCUGCUCAAAGAAUUAGAAGGCCAGCCUGGCAUGAAUGCAUGUCAGGCUGCCUGCCAAUCAUGCAGCUGGCCAACUAAGGGCAUACUAUGCAGACAGCACCCUGAGCUUGGCAUAAAUGCAUCUAAUGAUGCACUCACUCAACGCUUUCUAAGGACUGUCCCCUAGCACUCGCUGGUCCACUUACCUUCUUACUAGCAGGCAGAAGCUCCUGGUAUAUGGUCUGGGACAGAGAAAAACUGUAUGUAGUGAGUGUAGAAGAAAGGGAACAUGUCACAGUGUUAGAGAGACCAAAGUCAGCAUUACCUUAAAGGAUCACUAUAGGGUCAGGAACACAAACAUGAAUUCAUGACCCUAUAGUGUUAACACCACCAUCUAGCCCCCCUGGGCCCCUCAUGCCUCCAUAAAUAUAGCAAAAUCUUACUAUAUUCAAGCCUGAAGCUGUAACUCUGCAUGCUGUUAGACUCAUAAAACAAGCAGUCUGCUGACAUCAUUAGAAGUGGUGGCCUGAUCCAAUCACAGUGCUUCCCCAUAGGAUUGGCUGAGACUGACAAAGAGGCAGAUCAGGGUCAGAGCCAGCAUGAUUCAAACGCAGCCCUGGCCAAUCAGCAUCUCCUUAUAUAGAUGAAUUUAAUAAUGAAUCUCUAUGAGGAAAGUUCAGUGUCUGCAUGCAGAGGGAGGAGACACUGAAUGUUUGGAUGCAUUUUAGGCAGCCAUGACCCAGGAAGGAUCUCUAACAGUCAUCUAAGGAGUGGCCAGUGAAGUUAUCACUAGGAUGUAAUGUAAAGACUGCAUUUUCUCUGUGUUUACAGCAAAAGGCCUGACGGUAAUGAUUCUACUCACCAGAACAAAUUCAAUAAGCUGUAGUUGUUCUGGUGACUAUAGUGUCCCUUUAACUGUAUUCAUUGUCAGCCAGUCCACACAAGUUUUGUUCCCAUACAUCCCACUUAAGUUUCCAUACUUAAGUAAGAGUAUGUGAAAAGUAGUUAGGUUUGCCACCUUUCUUGGAAAAAAAGGAGUGACAUAAGAGAAAAUGCUGUAAAAUCACCAAAAAACUACUUAGUUUGAUUCUCCUGUAUAGAUGGAUUCCUCCCAGUGUCCUCAUGACUCAAUGCCCCCAUGUGUCGAUUACUCCAGGUCUCAGUGUUCCUAUGUAUCAGUGUCUCAGUUCCCCAUGUCUCCCAGUGUCGUGUCCCCAGGUCUCCCAGUGAUCCUAUGUAUCACAGUGUCUCAAUGCCCCAUGUCUCCCUGUGUCCCCAUGUAUCCCAGGGUCCCCAUGUCACUAGGACACUAGGAAGACAGGGAGACCUCGGGACACGGGGAGACCUAGGGACACGGAGACACAAGUGACACUGGGAGACUAGGGGACUCUGGCUGGGACACAUGGGGACAAUGGGAAAAUAGGGGACACUUGAAGACAUGGGGACACAGACACCAGGGACACAGACACUAGAGACACUGGCUGGGGGACAUGGGGACAUUGAGACAUGGGGGCACUGGGAGACAUGGGGACACUGAGACACCAGGGCCACAGACACUAGGGACACUAGCUUGGAGACAUGGGGACAUUGUGACACUUGAGGCAAUGAGAGACAUUGAGGCACUAGGAGACAUGGGGACAGUGAGAGACUGGGAGACUAGGGGGCACUGAGACACCAGGGACACUGGCUGGGAAACAUGGGGACACUGUGUCCCCAUGUGUCUGUCAUAAUAUCUCCCAAUGUCCCUUAGUGUCUCAGUGUCUGCCAUAAUGUCUCCCAGUGUCCCUUAGUGUCUCAGUGUCUGCCAUAAUGUCUCCCAAUGUCCCUUAGUGUCUCAGUGUCUGACAUAAUGUCUCCCAAUGUCCCUUAUUGUCUCAGUGUCUGCCAUAAUGUCUCCCAGUGUCCCUUAGUGUCCCAGUGUCUGCCAUAAUGUCUCCCAGUGUCCCUUAGUGUCUCAGUGUCUGCCAUAAUGUCUCCCAGUGUCCCUUAGUGUCUCAGUAUAUGUCUUCUUGCAGCCUUUCCCCCAUCCCUUACUUCCCUGAGCUGUAGGCUGUCUCUGCAGGGUGGGAGUUGCUGUCUGGACUCUCUGUAGCUGCACCCCUGCAGAUCAGUGAGUAUAGAUAGGCAGGGAGGAUUAUGCUGGAACUUCCUAUCCCUGCCUGUCUCCACACACAGCGACCCCUACUGGCCAGUGCUGGUAUUGCAUAGUAAUCUCUUGUUUAUACUGAUAAAAAUACCAGCAUUUGUAUUGCCAGUAUCACUGCAAUAUUGGCACCAGCCAGGCAGCCUCAAAUACUGGCUGUGCCAAUAAAAUAAAAGCCAGGUGGAAUACCUAAGAGUAGUGUGUGAAAAAAAAAAAUGUAAAAAAAAAAUAAAAAAUUAUUUUUUAUUUUUUAAAUCAAUGGGCCUAUUCCAUGGGCCUGGGCCUGGGCCUGGAGCUGCAGCUCCAUCAGCCCCUAUGUUAAUCCGGCCCUGCACACAGUAAUUCGUGUCGGUGUGAUAUAUAGGCACCUAGGACAAAUAAGAGUUAGAUAAUCUACUAGUUGAGGAAAUAGCUAAAAUGACAAUGAAGGGGGAAGUUAUCAUCAUGGGUGACUUUAAUCUUCCUGAUGUGAAUUGGAAAACAAAAAUAGCUGCUUGUGCCAGGAGCACAUAUUCUAAACUCCCUACUGGGAUUGUCUCUAAAACAAGUCAUUGAUGAGCCAACUCGUAAAGAGUCCAUAAUAGAUUUAGUGUUAACAAAUGGAGAUUUGGCAUCAGAUAUUACUGUAGGUGAAAGUUUAGGAUCCAGUGAUCAUCAGUCAGUGUGGUUUAAUAUAAGAACAGUGACUGAGUCACACCACACAAAAACAAAAGUUUUAGACUUUAAAAAAACAGACUUUUCUAAAAUUAGAAUAUGUGUAAAGGAGUCAUUAUCAGAUUGGAGCAAUUUAAAUGGAGUCCAAGAUAAAUGGGAUUAUUUAAAAGUUGCACUGCUGAAGGCAACAGAAAAUUGCAUUAGGCUUGUCAGUAAAGGCAAAAAAUUCAAAAAACCACUGUGGAACUCCGCAGAUGUGGCCAAAAUAGUAAAAAACAAAAAGUUAGCAUUUAGUAAAAAACCCAGAGUGAGGAAGACAGAAUGAUCUAUAAGAUUAGGCAGAAAGAGGCUAAGCAAGUUAUAAGAGCUUCCAAAUCACACACACAAGAGAAAAUAGCACAGUCAGUAAAAAAAGGGGACAAAACGUUUUUUAGAUACAUAAAUCAGAAAAGGAAAGUAAAACAGUUAGAUUAAAAACAGGAUAAAGGUCUAGCUGACUGCCUCAAUUAAUAUUUUUGUUCAGUAUUUACAGAUGAAAAUGAAGGAAAGGGACCUCAAUCAGGAAAAAGGACAAAUGAGUCAUUUAUUACAUGUGAGUCUACAGAGGAAGAGGUUCUAUAUGAACUGUCAAAAGUAAAGACAAAUAAGUCAAUGGGACCUGAUGGAAUACACUCAAAGUUAUUAAAAGAGCUUAGUGGUGUACUAGCAAAACCAUUAACAGAUUUAUUUAACCAAUCAUUGUUAACAGGAGUAGUCCCAGAAGAUUGGAAGUUAGCGAAUGUUGUGCCCAUUCACAAGAAAGGUAAUAGGGAGGAGUCGGGCAACUAUAGGCCAGUAAGCUUUACUUCAGUAGUGGGGAAAGUGAUGGAAACCAUGUUAAAGGAUAGGAUUGUUGAACAUCUAAAAACACAUGGAUUUCAAGAUCAGAGACAACAUGGGUUUACUUCAGGGAGAUCAUGCCAAACUAAUCUUAUUGAUUUUUUGAUUGGGUAACUAAAAUUAUAGAUCAGGGUGGUGCAGUAGACAUUGCUUACCUAGAUUUCAGUAAGGCUUUUGACACUGUUGCACAUAGAAGGCUUAUCAAUAAAUUGCAAUCUUUAAGUUUGGAUUCCAAUAUUGUUGAAUGGGUAAGGCAGUGGCUGAGUGACAGGCAACAGAGGGUUGUAGUUAAUGGAAUAUAUUCGAAGCUUGGACUUGUCACCAGUGGUGUACCUCAGGGAUCUGUACUUGGACCCAUUCUCUUUAAUAUUUUUAUUAGUGAUAUUGCAGAAGGUUUUGAUGGUAAGGUAUGUUUUUUUGCUGAUGAUACUAAGAUAUGUAACAGGGUUGAUGUUCCAGGAGGGAUAAGCCAAAUGGCAAAUGAUUUAGGUAAACUAGAAAAAUGGUCAGAGUUGUGGCAACUGACAUUUAAUGUGGAUAAGUGCAAGAUAAUGCAUCUUGGACGGAAAAACCCAAAGGCAGAGUACAGAAUAUUUGAUAGAGUCCUAACCUCAACAUCUGAGGAAAGGGAUUUAGGGGUGAUUAUUUCUGAUAACUUAAAGGCAGGCAGACAAUGUAACAGAGCAGCAGGAAAUGCUAGCAGAAAUGCUUGGUUGUAUAGGGAGAGGUAUUAGCAGUAGAAAGAGGGAAGUGCUCAUGCCAUUGUACAGAACACUGGUGAGACCUCACUUGGAGUAUUGUACGCAGUACUGGAGACCGUAUCUUCAGAAGGAUAUUGAUACUUUAAAUAGAGUUCAGAGAAGGGCUACUAAACUGAUUCAUGGAUUGCAGGAUAAAACUUACCAGGAAAGGUUAAAGGAUCUUGUAUAGCUUGGAGGAAAGACGAGACAGGGGAAAUAUGAUAGAAACAUUUAAAUACAUAUAGGGAAUCAACACAGUAAAGGAGGAGACUAUUUAAAAGAAGAAAAACUACCACAACAAGAGGACAUAGUCUUAAAUAAGAGGGGCAAAGGUUUAAAAGUAAUAUCUGGAAGUAUUACUUUACUGUGAGGGUAGUGGAUGCAUGUAAUAGCCUUCCAGCUGAAGUGGUAGAGGUUAACACAGUGAAGGAGUUUAAGCAUGCGUGGGAUAGGCAUAAGGCUAUCCUAACUACAUGAUAAUGCCAGGGACUAAUGAAAAUAUUUAGAAAAUUGGGCAGACUAGUUGGCCCGAAUGGUUCUUGUCUGCCGUCACAUUCUAUGUUUCUAUGUUACAAUGAGAAGGGUUUGAGCAUUAUAAGUUAACAUCCUAACUGUUCCCUAUCGUGCCUUGAAGGACCAUAAAGUAAAAUAAUACAAAAAUGUACACAAAAAACACAUAUAAACUGGAAAAAAAACCAUGACCAAUCUACUUUAGAUAGAGUAAAAAUAUGGAUGCAAAAUACAAGUACAUACUUUUUACUUUUUUACUUUUAAUACUGUUUCUCUUCUGUUACAGAGGGUUUGUUUAUGCCUUUGAUGUCAUCAUUCUAGUGAAUGCUAUAUUUAUUGCUCUGGAUGACAAGAGCCCAUUAAUUGCAAAUGCGGAGUGGGUGUUCCUCACAUUAUAUAUACUGGAAAUACUUCUCAAACUCUAUACGUAUGAUCCAAGAACAUUUUUUGCUAAGAAUCAGUUUUGGAAUUGGUGAGUUGUUGUUAGAUGUUAUGGUUCAAUAAUUGUCUGCAAUAUGUUAUUUUUGUUCCAAACAACAAAUAAUUAUAGUUUUGCCCGUGUUAAUGUAUUGACUCUUAUUUGCUUGAAAUGGGUGUUAUUAUAAGCCAAAAUAAUUAUGCUAAUUUUAUUAGCUUGGCCCUGCUUGAAAGACGUUGCCAGAUACUAAUAUUUUCAUAGGUUCCGCAGCUGAUGUACUAAUCAACUGAGCUAUCUCAAAUUCAACCCAAAAAGAAUUUGUACAAUCCCAGCCAGCUGCGAAAAUUAAUAGGUUCUACUUCUGUUCACCAUAUGUUUAAUAGGGCAUGUCAUUGUCAUUUUUGAUUCUAUGUCAAUGAAUGUAGCUCAUCUGAAUAAAAAGGUUGGACAGGCUUUUUGAGGUGUAAAUAUUUUGUAUUCAGGUAUGGGUGUCACCUAUUAACCUGCUGCACUUAAUAGAUAUUAUUACCAGCAAUUAUUUGGCGCCAACAUAUUCUGCAGCACUUUACAAUUAUACAGAUUGGAUAUCUGAUGAAGUUACAUUGUGAUAUGUAACAAUAGCAGAAUCCUACUUAAGCUAAUAAACAGGUAUAGAUUCAUCAUUGGACCAUAGUAAGUAUAAAAGCAUUAAUAAACUAAAUAUAUCAAUGCUUCCCAACUGGGGAGUAUGUGUUUAAGUCUUUGUUGAAAUAAGAAAGAGAAGUCCAGUGUACAUAUAAAUGAGAGAAGAAUGGGGGGGGGGUUACCGUUGUAGUGAUCCAAUGUGUCCAAAUUGUCAUGUAUGUUUGUGUACAGCCUGAAGCAUUAAAUGUGAGAUGCUCUAUCAUCCUGAGUUCCUACAUUCUGGAGAACCAGAGCUGCUGAGUGGGUGUAUCAGGCUUACGACGCAUAAUCAGAAUUAAAUAUUUAGCAGUGUUCAAGAUUAGUUAACAAUUUUUUUAAAAGCAGAAGUCGUCAAUGAGGUUUGAUGGAGGAGCAAUCACGUCAGUUGAAAUGGAGGUGGUUGAUCAGUAAAUUGUUUAAGUAUAUUGUAUAGCCGCUUCCAGAAUGGGAUGAUCCGGGGACAAUCCCACGAUAUGUAUCGGAAAGUGCCCAGUGCAUCAUGGCAUGUCCAACGUCCACCAUCCUGAGUCGGAUCAAACCUGCAAAGUGUCUGUGGAGUGGGGGCGUGUCCGGCAGCCGACGGAGAUGGCCGCCUAAUUCUGUAGCUCCCCGUGGCACCCGCAAUCAACCCCGCAUCACCACCAGCCCAGCUCACCUGCACACACCAUAUGGGUCGCACAAGGAGGCUGGCAGACCCCGGCGGCACCCCAAGACCCGCGGGACACGGAGGGGAUCAAUCGAUCCAUGCUUUCCUCCACGCCGCCGGCCGCAAUCAGUCCCCGUGGAGGGAAAUGGAGGCCGCAAGCCUGCAGCCUGAAUCCUUCCCAUCCACGCCGGCGGUAUUCUCCCCGGCCCCAUCGCCUACCCUGGACACACAGCAACCACAAGGGGGUGAGUGGAGAGACAUCUUGCCAAACUUACUCACAAAAGCUGAUUUUGAAGCCCUUUCUGACAGAUUAGGCCGGGUGGUCCGUGAAGAGGUGGCCCAGCUGCGUGCAGAUGUGGCAAAUGUAGAGGCCCGCAUGGCAGUAGCAGAGACGGAAACAAGGGCGCUCAGGACAGAUCUGGAACUAACGAAUGUGACGGUCACGAAACAAGAAGCUGACCUAGCCUUCCUCACCACGUGGGUUGACGAUCUAGACAACCGCGGCCGCAGGAUGAACCUGCGCGUCCGCGGAGUGCGGGAAGGAGGCCACUCAGAAAACGUACCGGAAAUACUGCGGCUGAUCUUUGCCCAGGUACUGGGAGGCCAACAUGCACCCAGAAUAGGCCUAAUCCGUGCACACAGAGCGCUGAGACCCAUACCAACACGUGAGGAACAACCAAGAGACAUAAUAUGCUGCCUGGAAAAUUACCACCAAAAAGAAGAAAUACUACGCACAGCCAGACGCAUGGGGACGAUCCGAAUGGAAGGUCAGACCGUAUCUAUCUUCCAAGACCUUUCACGCUACACCCUGAUGGCCAGGAAGGCCCUGCGACCGGUGACGUCAGCGCUGCAACAAGCCAACAUACCGUACCGCUGGGGAUACCCGUUCUCCCUCACAGCCAGACACGGACAAGACAUUACCAACGCCCCUAGACAGUGCAGGGACAGCAGACAAACCUUAGACCAGAGACUCAAAGCUCCACCCAAAACAAAGGACUAACCCGAACAAAGGAACCCCACAGGCCUGAUUCGACCCACGAGGCACCCCAUACCACAGCGUCCCCACCUCGUGAAAUAGCUAGACCCAUUCCAAGUGGGCUCCAAACAAUCCAAAACACACACGUGAGCAGAUGACGGACAAACAGUAACAGCUCAGAUGCAAACAGACGAGACACACACUCAUAAACAAACCCAUAAUCGACACAAACUAAGAAACGGAGCGGGCGCUCCGAGUAAAUAGCCACCCGGGAGACAGACUAAGGACUGCGUACAGUACUAAUACAUACACGUAGACCUUCUAGGAACCCAGAAGCGGACUGCGCCGGAAGCCAGAUGAUGUCCAAAGCUUUUUACAUGCCCUAGGCCUCCCGCCGCAACAGGUGCCAGACUGGCUGGCAAGAUCGUUCCUCCAACAACCACCGGGCCCGCAACAAUGACAACCGCGCGGACCCAUCGCGGACCAGCAAAGGCCCCGACCCCAGCACCAACGCGAAUGGCACCAGGGCCAAGCGCAGAGGGAGCAGUAACAGAACACAGCACCGCACAGCCAAGGCAAGGACAUGGGGACUCCAUAGAUGAGAACUAGCUAAAUCGUGAGUACCAUCACAGGGGACACCGUACGAGAACCACACAAGCACGCAGAAAUUGGGGAGGGAACAGGGGGAACAGAUGACGGACAAACAGUAACAGCUCAGAUGCAAACAGACGAGACACACACUCAUAAACAAACCCAUAAUCGACACAAACUAAGAAACGGAGCGGGCGCUCCGAGUAAAUAGCCACCCGGGAGACAGACUAAGGACUGCGUACAGUACUAAUACAUACACGUAGACCUUCUAGGAACCCAGAAGCGGACUGCGCCGGAAGCCAGAUGAUGUCCAAAGCUUUUUACAUGCCCUAGGCCUCCCGCCGCAACAGGUGCCAGACUGGCUGGCAAGAUCGUUCCUCCAACAACCACCGGGCCCGCAACAAUGACAACCGCGCGGACCCAUCGCGGACCAGCAAAGGCCCCGACCCCAGCACCAACGCGAAUGGCACCAGGGCCAAGCGCAGAGGGAGCAGUAACAGAACACAGCACCGCACAGCCGAGGCAAGGACAUGGGGACUCCAUAGAUGAGAACUAGCUAAAUCGUGAGUACCAUCACAGGGGACACCGUACGAGAACCACACAAGCACGCAGAAAUUGGGGAGGGAACAGGGGGAUAAAGGGUCACAAAGACACUAUACCUCAACUAUAAUAUGUCGGGGGGGAACACGCAAGGCAUGACCAGAGUCAUGCCCCUUACCGCAAACUCAAUCGGGAGGGCACCAGGACAUUUGGGGCGGGGAACAAGGGAAGGGGAUAUGAUGAGAACGACCACAUGGGGAAUGCAGGACACAAACGGACACAAGGACAAUGCAACCACGCUGCACCGCCUGUAGAGGCGCAACUCCGAAGGCCUCCAGGGCCGUGCAAACCCACAGCGCAAAAGGGAACUUGGCAGUGGGAAGGGGGAGUAGGGGGCAGGGAGAGAAGUGGGAGGGUAGAGUAGCUGGAGGGGAGUUAAGGGGCCCCUGAUCGAUGAGGGAAAGAUGGAAGCGCACAAAACAAAAAAAACAAAAAGUGGGAGCAAGGAUAAACAACGGAAAACGGGAGAAUACACGGUGGGAAUACUAAAAGAAGGGGAGAGGGGACCGUAUUAAAAGGUUAGGGGAGGGAGGGGGAGACAUGGCUAUAUACGGAGGCAGCGAUGAUAGUACACGAAAUCCCUGUACCAUGUUAUAUUAAUAUUUAUAAAUAUUAAAAUAAAUAAAUAAAUAAAUAAAAAGAUACGCCCUUUACACGGUGCUUACAGCUCAACGCGCAACGUUAGGCGCAUGCAUGAAACCCAUACAAAUUGGCUCGAACCUGCCUCCAGGCGGAUCCAGAGCCACUCAGAGCUUAAGACCAGUCCAAGGCUAAUAAAUGAUGACGAAAUAGUUACUACAGGCGACUGGAAGACAGAGGUGCCCUCCCCCAGACAUUACCAACGCCCCUAGACAGUGCAGGGACAGCAGACAAACCUUAGACCAGAGACUCAAAGCUCCACCCAAAACAAAGGACUAACCCGAACAAAGGAACCCCACAGGCCUGAUUCGACCCACGAGGCACCCCAUACCACAGCGUCCCCACCUCGUGAAAUAGCUAGACCCAUUCCAAGUGGGCUCCAAACAAUCCAAAACACACACGUGAGCAGAUGACGGACAAACAGUAACAGCUCAGAUGCAAACAGACGAGACACACACUCAUAAACAAACCCAUAAUCGACACAAACUAAGAAACGGAGCGGGCGCUCCGAGUAAAUAGCCACCCGGGAGACAGACUAAGGACUGCGUACAGUACUAAUACAUACACGUAGACCUUCUAGGAACCCAGAAGCGGACUGCGCCGGAAGCCAGAUGAUGUCCAAAGCUUUUUACAUGCCCUAGGCCUCCCGCCGCAACAGGUGCCAGACUGGCUGGCAAGAUCGUUCCUCCAACAACCACCGGGCCCGCAACAAUGACAACCGCGCGGACCCAUCGCGGACCAGCAAAGGCCCCGACCCCAGCACCAACGCGAAUGGCACCAGGGCCAAGCGCAGAGGGAGCAGUAACAGAACACAGCACCGCACAGCCAAGGCAAGGACAUGGGGACUCCAUAGAUGAGAACUAGCUAAAUCGUGAGUACCAUCACAGGGGACACCGUACGAGAACCACACAAGCACGCAGAAAUUGGGGAGGGAACAGGGGGAACAGAUGACGGACAAACAGUAACAGCUCAGAUGCAAACAGACGAGACACACACUCAUAAACAAACCCAUAAUCGACACAAACUAAGAAACGGAGCGGGCGCUCCGAGUAAAUAGCCACCCGGGAGACAGACUAAGGACUGCGUACAGUACUAAUACAUACACGUAGACCUUCUAGGAACCCAGAAGCGGACUGCGCCGGAAGCCAGAUGAUGUCCAAAGCUUUUUACAUGCCCUAGGCCUCCCGCCGCAACAGGUGCCAGACUGGCUGGCAAGAUCGUUCCUCCAACAACCACCGGGCCCGCAACAAUGACAACCGCGCGGACCCAUCGCGGACCAGCAAAGGCCCCGACCCCAGCACCAACGCGAAUGGCACCAGGGCCAAGCGCAGAGGGAGCAGUAACAGAACACAGCACCGCACAGCCAAGGCAAGGACAUGGGGACUCCAUAGAUGAGAACUAGCUAAAUCGUGAGUACCAUCACAGGGGACACCGUACGAGAACCACACAAGCACGCAGAAAUUGGGGAGGGAACAGGGGGAUAAAGGGUCACAAAGACACUAUACCUCAACUAUAAUAUGUCGGGGGGGAACACGCAAGGCAUGACCAGAGUCAUGCCCCUUACCGCAAACUCAAUCGGGAGGGCACCAGGACAUUUGGGGCGGGGAACAAGGGAAGGGGAUAUGAUGAGAACGACCACAUGGGGAAUGCAGGACACAAACGGACACAAGGACAAUGCAACCACGCUGCACCGCCUGUAGAGGCGCAACUCCGAAGGCCUCCAGGGCCGUGCAAACCCACAGCGCAAAAGGGAACUUGGCAGUGGGAAGGGGGAGUAGGGGGCAGGGAGAGAAGUGGGAGGGUAGAGUAGCUGGAGGGGAGUUAAGGGGCCCCUGAUCGAUGAGGGAAAGAUGGAAGCGCACAAAACAAAAAAAACAAAAAGUGGGAGCAAGGAUAAACAACGGAAAACGGGAGAAUACACGGUGGGAAUACUAAAAGAAGGGGAGAGGGGACCGUAUUAAAAGGUUAGGGGAGGGAGGGGGAGACAUGGCUAUAUACGGAGGCAGCGAUGAUAGUACACGAAAUCCCUGUACCAUGUUAUAUUAAUAUUUAUAAAUAUUAAAAUAAAUAAAUAAAUAAAUAAAAAGAUACGCCCUUUACACGGUGCUUACAGCUCAACGCGCAACGUUAGGCGCAUGCAUGAAACCCAUACAAAUUGGCUCGAACCUGCCUCCAGGCGGAUCCAGAGCCACUCAGAGCUUAAGACCAGUCCAAGGCUAAUAAAUGAUGACGAAAUAGUUACUACAGGCGACUGGAAGACAGAGGUGCCCUCCCCCAGACAUUACCAACGCCCCUAGACAGUGCAGGGACAGCAGACAAACCUUAGACCAGAGACUCAAAGCUCCACCCAAAACAAAGGACUAACCCGAACAAAGGAACCCCACAGGCCUGAUUCGACCCACGAGGCACCCCAUACCACAGCGUCCCCACCUCGUGAAAUAGCUAGACCCAUUCCAAGUGGGCUCCAAACAAUCCAAAACACACACGUGAGCAGAUGACGGACAAACAGUAACAGCUCAGAUGCAAACAGACGAGACACACACUCAUAAACAAACCCAUAAUCGACACAAACUAAGAAACGGAGCGGGCGCUCCGAGUAAAUAGCCACCCGGGAGACAGACUAAGGACUGCGUACAGUACUAAUACAUACACGUAGACCUUCUAGGAACCCAGAAGCGGACUGCGCCGUCGCAGACGGUAAGCCCGAUUCCCCCACAGGCAUAGGACAUAGGGAUCCCCACUUAUCAGGGGAUACACUACUCCCGGAAUAGACCCAGCCCCCUCUCGCAGGCCGGGUUACGCGGUCGAAUACCCGGGACGAUUGUCCAUUACCCUACAGUAAUACAGAGGCCAUAUAGGCGUCAUGAAUAGACGCAACACUGACUACACACUCAACAAUACCCCACCACACACUCACACACUCCCCAACCGAACCACGCAACAGACUCACUCACCCCUGUGGCCGUCCGGAGGAUGCCGGACCCAGGCCCUGGCGGUUACGCCAGGGAAGACCUAACCAUUCUCUCAUAUAAUGUACACGGCUUAAACGUCAGAGAAAAACACACAAGACUUCUGCGGGAUCUGAAACACUAUAGGGCGUCAAUAGCGUUUCUCCAAGAAACGCACUUUCAAGAAGGCAGAGCACCGGCACUGCGAGACCGCAAUUUUAGAACGGGAUAUUUUAGCAACAACCCGGACAGACGCACGCUGGGAGUAGGUAUCAUAUUCUCCAGCAGAACCCCAUACACGGAACAAGCCACAGUAAGAUGCAAACAGGGCAGGUAUAUCUUCACUAAAGGCACGAUCCUCGAACAAACCUACACAUUCGCCAAUAUAUACGCCCAGAACACGAAACAGUUCCCUUUCCUUCGGAACGCACUGAAUACCCUGAUGAAGUUCGCAGAAGGCACUCUGAUCGUGGGGGGAGAUCUGAACCUGACUCUGCACCCAGACCAAGACUCCACAUCGACACUCGGCAGAACCCCGCAUAAUCGACACGCGAACACACUCCGUCUACUGCACCAACACCAAUUGGCGGAUUGCUGGAGAGCGCUGAACCCAACAACGCGGGACUACACGUUUUACUCACAGACCCAUGCAACAUACACGAGGCUAGACUACUUCUUACUAGCACACCACGACUUGGCCCUACUCAAGGCAGCAGACAUACUGCCGAUGACGUGGUCGGACCACUGCCCGAUCCGCAUACGGAUGGCAUCACCGUUAUUUAAACCCAGACAGAUGUCCUGGAGACUGAACGAAUCAAUCCUAUCGGAUGUGACAGUGGCUGAUAAAAUAGGCCAAACCAUACAAGACUACUUCCAAGAUAAUGAAACGGAGGACGUGACACCACUGACGUGACAAGCACACAAGACGGUAGCAAGAGGCCAGAUUAUAGCAAUAUGCGCGAAUCGCAAAAAGACGGCGGUACGGGAAAUAACCAGGCUGAGCAGCGAAAUUGCGACCCUGGAAGCCAGACAUAAAAGAACCUUAGAAACAACAAUAUACAGAGAGCUAACAGAUAAACGCAACCAGCUCACAGCGCACCUUAACAGGAGGAUCCAACGCGUGUAUGAACACUACAGACACAUGAUACAUGAACACGGAGACAAGUGCGGGAGACUGCUGGCGAAUCUCCUGAGGCAACGUAAGACACAACUGUAUAUACCGAAAAUAAAAAACGCACAGCAGCAAAUCAGACACCUCCCAGAACAAAUAGCAACGGAGUUCCAACGAUACUACCAGGACCUUUACCACCUCCGCAAGGAAGCACAGGACAACCAGAAACAUCAGAAAACGGCAGACAUACGCCAGUACCUGAACUCAGCAAACAUGCCAGAUAUAACGGAAGCAGAGAAAGACGCGCUAGAAGCGCCUAUAACACCCGAAGAGUUGGCAUACGCCAUCAAGAAAGCUAAAACGGGGAAGGCACCGGGGCCAGAUGGACUGCCCCUCCAAUACUACAAGGUCUUCAUGCAAGAGCUUCAGCCGAAACUACUUAAAGCCCUGAACUCCAUACAGGACAGAGCUGCACCUACGGCCCAGUUCACCUCAGCAAACAUUACCCUACUACCAAAGGAGGGCAAAGACCCGACAAUGUGCCCAAACUACCGCCCGAUUUCGGUACUCAAUACAGACAUCAAACUUCUGGCAAGCAAGACUAGCGCCGUUACUGCCAGGCUUAAUCCACCCGGACCAAACAGGGUUUAUCCCGGGCAGAGAGGUGCGUGACAACACCAUCAGAGCCCUGAACAUCAUCGCACACGCUAGAACACUCGGGACACAGACCCUCCUCCUGUCCACAGACGCGGAAAAGGCGUUCGACAGGGUGGACUGGGAUAUGAUGUUCGAGACCCUCCAAGCCUACGGGAUGGGACCUCACUACCUUACAUGGGUACGGGCCCUCUACAUCAACCCGACGGCACGAAUCCGGAUAAACGGGGCACUGACGGACCCGUUCCAGAUAUACAAUGGAACCAGACAGGGGUGCCCACUUUCUCCCCUAAUCUUCGUGUUGACGCUGGAGCCGUUUCUGCGGAGGAUCAGACAGAACGUAAACAUACAGGGCCUCACAGUUGGACAGGUACAACACAAAACGCUAGCAUAUGCGGACGACCUGCUGUUCGUGGUCACACGUCCAGAGACCACCUUACAGGAGAUACAGGCAGAAUUUAAAGAAUAUGGGCUGAUCUCCAACCUCCAGAUAAAUUACGCUAAGUCGGAGAUCCUCAACCUCACCAUAGAUCAAGCCCACAAACGGACACUUCAAAGACUGCACCCGUACCGCUGGUGCGACCUCCGUAUGCGGUACCUAGGGGUGUGGCUCACUCCCACCCCGGGAGACUUAUACAUCCACAACUAUCUCCCUAUACUUAAAAAAGCAACGGAGGAACUAAAUAAAAGGAGCUCCCUCUACGCAUCGUGGCUAGGAAGAGUAAACGCCGUAAAGAUGACGCUACUACCGAAACUUCUCUUCGUGUUCCAAAUGGUGCCGAUACUAGCCCCACAAGCCUUCUUUAAGACGAUACGGGCGGAGGUCCACAAGUUCGUAUGGAAGGGCAAAUCCCCACGCAUAGCACACGCUCAACUAGCCCUGCCUAAACUCCGAGGAGGCCUGGCGCUCCCUGAUUUCGAAAAGUACUACCAGGCAGCGCACCUCACCAGAAUAGUCAGCUGGUCGGUUGCCAGCGGAACGAAACCAUGGACCCAGCUAGAAUCCGACAUCACGGACUGUGACCUUCGCACGCUACCGUGGAUACCCAGAGCCGCUUACAAACAUAAACAUAUCACCAACCCAUUCGUGGCGGCGACCAUGAAGGUAUGGCACAGGGAAGGCACGAAGCAAUACCUCACGACGGAUCCAGGCCCGCUACUGCCGUUGAGAGGAAACCCAGACUUCCCAGCAGGAGACCACGGCCCCAUGCCAGGCCCGAGGGGACGCACAACGACUCCUCGCAUGAUGGAUGUCCUCCAACGCCCAUUUGAAGUCCGCGGCGUCACAGACCUCUUUCCUGAUCGAACGCUCACCUUUGCACACACACUGGCGAGAGCACAAAUAGUAGGGUAUGCUCGGUCUAUCCCGCAAAAACCAUCACUACUGAGAGACCCCACACAAUUCGAACUACUCUGUACGCAAGAAACCGAAACCCCACGUGCCAUUUCACAGAUAUACGCAAUGCUGGUUACAGGAAGGUAUAUAAUGGCACCCCCUUGCAUGAGAAACUGGGAGGAAGACCUGGAAGAAUCCAUGACAGAAGCAGCCUGGGACAAAAACAUCACCCUGAUACAAAAAACACCUAGCUCGGCAAGGCUGCAAGAAAACUCAUACAAAAUAUACACCAGGUGGUACCUGACACCGACGGCGAUCCACGCCAGGAAUCCGGAAGCCACAGACUCCUGUUGGAGAUGUGGAAAAGAGAGAGGAACAUUCAUACACACCUGGUGGACGUGCUCCCAACUCCGACCAUUCUGGAACACGAUCAGAGAGGUAAUACAUGAAGUAACGGACGAAAUGCUCCCGAGUUCCCCAGCAACGUUCCUCCUACACCACACGGAGAUGUCUAUACCGACAUACAGUAAAUCUGUCAUCCCACGACUAUUAAACGCAGCCAAAGCAACGGUCCCAAUAUACUGGAAGCAGGUCACCACACCCUCCAUCGCAAGAUGGGUGGAAGAGGUGGAAGCAAUAAGGAAAUUCGAAGACGUGAAGGCAACCACCCCGAACCUUAGAGAUCGCUACACCAAACGCUGGUUUCACUGGCUUAGACUAACCACCACUGACGCUUUUCGUAACCGCAUGGCGACGCAGUAGACGAAGGAGGAGAGUAUUAAGCCAAAAUAAAUACGGCACUAAUAUGAAAAGCUGGGGACCGACGAACCGAGACGGCGACAGGGGUCGGAAUCACCCAACAUCACCAACCCACAACACCCACAUGCACAUACACGACACACAACUUGCCGACACAUAUAGUCACACACCCAAAGGACAACAGGAGGCGGGACAAUGAGCAGGUCAGUCGGGGACACACACAAGUAAACACACAACAUAUACGAGCGGCAGCGUGCCAAGACUUUAAACUACGCAACCUGAACCAAGACCCACUACAAACACACGGACGGCCAAGACAUAGAACAAACGGCCACUGCAGUCAGAUAACACCAGACGAGAGUUGCGAAACCACACGAUCUGAGCGCCACACACAUCCACAGCCCAAACACAGACCUUUUUGAUCUACCCCAAAACCCACAGAACAACACCACUUCCACGCACACAGGUGAACCCACCUCAACGCGACGACACCAAGACACACAGACAGUGACUCAGACACACAAACCGGAACCACAAAGACGCAACAAUAGAGGCAGACACACAGAGCUCCAGAAUAAAGCAACACUACAUAGACAUAACCAUGGAAACACGCAAUAGAGGUGACACAGACUUACCGCAGAAGGUUUCACCAUCACCAGCAGAGGGGAAGGACACGAAACAUACAAAACAAAUACAACCCCAAUAUGAACGAGCAGGUAGCCACGAGACACACUAGAACUCAGGGAUACAGACAAAAGACCAGAACGCGUAAACACCAACUCAUUUUCGCAAGAUGGGCCUUCACUGCAGUUUACGGCAACAGGGAUAAAUACGCAAACACAGGCAUCUCAGAAGAAAACAGUGUAUUAUUAACGAACCACACUAACACCAAUUAAUGAGCCGAUAGCUGAACACAUGAUACUAACUGCCACCCCAAAUAGCCACUACAUACCUGACAACAACGCCCUAACAACGCAAUACCAAGCAAGCUCACCACCUUUUGCAUGUCUAGCCCUGCACGGCUUAUAAAUGUCUAAUAUUUGUCAUUGCGUGUUUAUUUUGACUUAUACGCCUCUGCGCAGGCAACUAUGUGUUACUCUGAGUUAACUGGAAUAUGUCGGCCUCACAUUAUAUACACUUUCAAUGUGCACGCCUCUGCGUAGGCAACUAUAUGCAUGAAUGUUACCAAGUUCAACACCCGUGUUUAUAUUGCUGACAAUAAACAUAUUUGAAACAAAGUGUCUGUGGAGUUCCGUACCACGUAGAUAAUAGCUUAUAUGCGUAUUCUUGUGUUUUCCCUGUAUAGGAAUGUUUCUAUUUAAGCUGUUAUUUUGGCCUAGAAUGUAUAAUUCAUUUGUAAUUACUCCCCAGUUUUAAGUUUUGUAAAUAAACCCAAUUGUCCAUACAACAGCCUGAGUGCUUUGUGUGAAACUGAGAUCUUUCUGUUUUUCUUCUCUGAAUUGGCAGGUUUGAUACUUUUAUUAUUGUUGCAGCACUAAUUGCGACAAGUGUCAAUGCAGGAUUGAAAUCUGGUAAGUUUCCAUUUUCAUGCUUUUCAAUGUAAUAUUUUGCUAUUUCUGAUUCAUUUCACUUCUGAAUAGACGCAAUUCAAUACCCGAGAAUGUCAAAGCAGCACUGCUGAUUGAAAGAAACCUUCAUAUUAAAUAGGGGGAGGUUCGUUAAAGGGACAUAGCAGUCACUCUAACCAUUUAAUCUCACUGGUUUGGUUACAGUGCCUGGAGUCCUCUGGUGCUGUCCCUCCAUUCAAUGUCAAACCAUUUAAAUGCAGUUUGACACUGAGGGGCCCUGGCUGCUGACAUCUUACCUCCUAUUAAAUGUAUGGCUAAAGCAGAGAUUACACAUUUCUUUCUAGCCAUACCGAUUCAUACCAGCAAUCUCAUCUGCACUUUUAUCCAAUCACAGCCACCAAUUUCUACUCAGGCUUCUACUUUCUUAUUAGCCCAGCACAGAGGGAAUGGGAUGUCGGGUACUCUCAUAUGGCAUUAAAAUAUUUAAAACAGUUCAAAUGCUGAAUGUAAGCACAGUGCCAGAGGACUCCAGAACCUAUAACCACUUCAAUGAGAUGAAGCAGUUACAAUGAAUACAGAAGGGCAAUGGGUUGCUUUUUCCCUCUGGCGCUUAAAGUGUUAAACUAACAUGCUUGGCAUAGCAGUUUAUACAUUCCUAUAUGUUAAUGAGAGACAUGUCCUAGUCUUGUGAUGGGUAAACAUUGAUGGCUGAGUAUGAUUGAAUACACAAUAGAAAACAAACCAAAAUUCAGCCAUCACUAUAGUAGCCUGCUUCUGAAAUGUCAAUGUAAUAUUAAGAGAAUAUCAUCCACUGUUAGACUGAUGUUAACUUUAUCUUUCUUACUAUAGCAAGCCAGUACAACAGUCAGCAGGUGCUCGACAUAGUGUUCAUUUUAAGGGUUCUACGACUUAUCAGGAUCAUCGACAGUGUGCAAAGGUAAGUUGAAUAAUUAUAAUCUGAUUUAUAGGGAUUGUAUAAAACAAACCUGUAUUCCUAAAGCUGUAGUGUUGCUUUAUCUAUAGGUGCACCCCCACACCUCCACCCUGCUGGACGGUUUACUUACCUGACACCCCACGGCGUGCCAGUCUCGGUGCCAUUGCUCUGCCUCCUUUGCUGAGAUUAUCAUUUUUGACAAUCACAGCCAGUACAAUGUUUUCCAAUAGGAAAGUAUUGAGAGGUUAGUGCACAUGAGCGGUGAAACGUGUUGCACCAAUCUUUUUGAAAUUGUCUCUUUGAGACAACCUGAUUGAAAUAGCCGAGUUUUGUGUGACUAUUUCAGAAGAAACAUCUGACAGCUGAAAGCCGCUAGAGGCAUUUUUACACAGCACUGAAAAUAUUGCCGCAGUGAGAACAUUGUUUUACAUUGCAGUGUUAAAAAACAGAGGCACAGCACCCAGACCACUUUACGCCUAUAGUGUCCCCUUAACAUCCAUUUAAAGCUGUAAUUCCACAUUUUUUAAAUAUCAUGAACUUUUUUUUUAACUCUCGCAGUAUUUCCCUAGUUGAAUAUUCAGCAAUGUUCUAGUAAAGUAAUGUAAGAUACUAGUAUGAAAAUACUGGAUUGCAUUAGGUACGUGGAUUACAAAGACCAAUUCUUUACUUAGAGCACAUAUUUUAAGUAAAGAUAUUCCAGUAUCCUUGACCAGGAAGGAACUUGUGGGUGGAGCGUUUCCAUUGUCUGCACAUUGUGCAUUAAAUUGUAAUUAAGGGGCUUAAUGUAAUGGACUUUAUAGGCACUAUAACCACUUAAUAUCAUUACUUUGAUUUAAGCAAAUAUUUUUUCAAUGAUCUCUCUUUUUUCCUAGAUUCAGAGUUAUUGUGAAUACGCUGAUUAACAUCCUGCCUACGAUGCUGACAUUUUGUGGACUUAUUUUAGUAAGAAUAUUCUUUGCACGUCUAAAUAUUUGUCUGUAUAUUUAAUAUUUAUGUGUAGUAAAUGAAUAGACUGUUUGAUCUGCUGUUUAAAGCAGAGUUCUCCAAAUUCUGGCCCUCCAGAUGUUGCUGAACUACAACUCCCAUGAUUCUUUGAAUGAAAUAGAUCUGGAUGGAUAGAGUUUUGAGAAUCCUAGCUUAUAGGGACAUUUUAGUGGUUCUGGGGAAUAUAGCCUAUCCUUGCAAACUGUGCAUUGUAAACAUUGUCUUUUCUAGAGAAAAAACAGUGUUUACAUUUCUGCCUAAUGCCACCUCUAGUGGCUGUCAACCGGACGAAUACUCCCCAUAAAGAUGCAUUGAUUCAAUGCAUCUCUAUGAGGAGAUUCUGAUUGGUCACAGCUUGUCGAUUGCUGCACAGGCACACUAGCCUCCCAAUGCUUCCAAUACUCACCAGUAUUGAUGAUCUGAGCCAGCUAAGGCGGGAUGGCCACACAGAGACUGGCACUCCUAGGGAAAUAAUGUAAGUAAGUUUGCUUUUUUUCUAACUUUUUUUUUUGGCAGUAGCAAUUAUCCAAUCAGAUUGUAUAACACUGUAGCAUUAGGAAUACAUGUUUGUAUAUCUAACGCUAUAUUGUUACUUUAAUAUUGUGAGAAAUGUGUUUUGUUUUUCACUUACAAUUCCUAUUAUAUAACCAAUACAACUGAAAUAAAGCAUGAUUUUGUUUUGUCACGUUUUAGGGAAAACCAAGCUUUUUUUUUUUUUAAGUAAUUUGUUCCUGAGCCUAAAUUCCCCAUAGCUGGUGUAUUUGUAUGGAUUUUGUUUAAUUCGAAUUUCUAUUGAUUUUUUUUUUAAGGUGAUAUAUUAUGUGUUUGCAGUAGUCGGUAUGGAAAUAUUCAGUGGCAAAAUACGAUUCUUUCCUGCGAAUUCCACAGAUCCUCUUGCCCAUUCUUGUGGGGCUGCUGUCCUAAAGGACUCUGUCUUUGCCAGGAGCAAAUAUUGCAGAAACAACUUCAAUGACAUUGCAUCCAGCUUUAUUGUUCUCGUGGAGCUCACUGUUGUUAACCAGUGGCACGAUAUCCUUUAUGUCAUGGGGAUUACCAGUUUAAAACCUAGUGUUAGCUUCUCAACUUGGAUUUUAACUCUGAAUAUGUUAAUUUUGCUAAUCACUCAAUAUUUAUAAAACAGAUGUAGUCAGCGGAACUUUAAACCCCUACAAUCCUUUGCAGGCUACGAUGCCUGUGCUCUAUGAGAAUUACAACUGUUAUAAACCUCAUAACCACGUACUCUGGAUUAAAUAUAUAGACAUUUAUAUGAGACCUAGUCCUUUUAACAGCCAUUUAAUGAAAUCUUGAUGCCUUAUCACUUCCUUCCUCAGUCUCAAUGUAUUAUGUCAAAUGAACCCCCGUGUUGUGCAGCCUGUUAUAGUUAAUGAUCAUCUGCAAAGCUCUGCUUUUAUUUUAGUUAGCUUUAAUCAAUAGUUAUUGAGUUUAAUUUUCCUUAAUUUAAUACUUCUGGCUACUGGAUUUUCUCUGGUUACUCAUCCCGCAGCAAAGCUGUAUUUCAUCGCCUUUCAUGUUGUCAUCGUUAUCAUGAUUAUUAAGUGAGUUUUCAUUCUGGGAUGUGUAUUUCAAUAAUUCACUUUUCCUUUGUGAUAAAAAUAAAUGUUUUUUUAAAGGAGCUGUAUCCAAACAAGAGUGCUAUUCUGGAUCAAAGCGCUAAGUAUGAUCCAAUCACCAUUGAAACCAAAUAGAAUUUAUUUUGACAUUUUGCACUUUGCUCCAGAGUGGCACCUUUUAUGCCAUGACACAUAUCCUUUAUUUUAAAAUAAAGCAGAAUUUUUUUUUUCAUUCCUCAUUUCUUUAUUAGCAGCAUCGGAAGUAAUGCUUAUCUUCACUGUUUCUAUUUUACCAGCAGCCCUUCAUCAGUAUGCCCUACCAAAAUAUACCUAUAUAUGUUCAGGCAUGCAUAAUAUAUACUUGCGUUCCUUUAAAGCUCUAUAACUUGUUUUAUACAGAUUUGUGCUGAUAUUAUUUGGAUAUUUUAACAGCACAUCAAAAAAAAGCUUGUUUAGGCCAGAUUUUCUCCUUUGGCAUUAAAACAUUGUAAGCACACAUAGCAGAUUAAAGUUUACCUAAUGCCAAAUUAAAAAUAUUGCAGCUAUCUGCUAUACACUAAUUUACUAAACCCCAAAUUGAACUACAAACCAAAUUACAAAAUUCAAGUUAAAACAGCCAAGCUGUGUCUGUAGUUGAAUUGAUAAAUUUUCCAUCAAUUAUUGCUUCGGUUUUGCAAUUUAGUUUCAAAUUCACUGCAAUUUGGAGUUAAGUGCCUAAAUGUAUUACAUUAUAAUCGAUAGCUGAUAAAUGAUAUUCUUAGUAUUUGCUAUGUAUGUUAUUUAUUUAAGAUUUUUAUUCAUGUUUUUGGUCUGAGGAUUUUAUAUUUACAGCAAAACACAAGCAGAAUCCCUAACAGACCCUUUCUAGUUGACAAAAUAACCACAUUUAUGCAGGACAGUUGCAAAUGAUUUAUCUUGUCUGCAGCAUUUUUGUAGCAUUUAUUUUAGAAGCUUUUUUCGUGGAAUAUUCGUUGGAAAAGAGCGAGGUUGAAACAGCUAUUGAGAAGAAGAUCCAAGAGCUGGGAAUGGCUGUGCAAGAGUAAGUCGAAACUGCAUGGGGCACUAGAAUUUUGUGUAGUAUAUCCCCCCACAUAGCAUUAGCAUAAUCUGCAAGAUCCCUAUAAAGUAGUGAAAUUAAUAUCUUUGUAUGAAAAAAAUGACUGAUGACGGCUGUUUCAGAGUAGUGUUUUGUUGUUAUAUUUGGAACAUAGUGGACAAAGUCACAGCUGACAAAGAUGGCUGUUCAAACGAUAAUGUGAAUAAACAUUAAAAAUCUACUUACCGGUAUCUAUUGAUGUAUGGCAGAACAAGAUGGCUGCUGCCAACAAACUGGUCGAUUUUAUUGACUUCUAUAAUCAGUCAAUUUUAAAUGUCAGAAGGAAUGGAGAUGAGAAAUGCUAAAUAUGCAUAGAAUGGUAGAAUAUACAUACAGUUGCAAGAAAAAGUAUGUGAACCCUUUGGAAUGAUAUGGAUUUCUGAACAAAUUGGUCAUAAAAUGUGAUCUGAUCAUCAUCUCAACAAUAGACAAUCACAGUCUGCUUAAACUAAUAACACAUAUAACAAAGAAUGAAAUGUUGCCAUGUUUUUAUUGAACACACCAUGUAAACAUUCACAGUGCAGGUGGAAAAAGUAUGUGAACCCCUAGACUAAUGACAUCUCCAAGAGCUAAUUGGAGUGAGAUGUCAGCCAACUGGAGUCCAAUCAAUGAGAUGAGAUUGGAGGUGUUGGUUACAGCUGCCCUGCCCUAUAAAAAACACACCAGUUCUGGGUUUGCUUUUCACAAGAAGCAUUGCCUGAUGUGAAUGAUGCCUCGCACAAAAGAGCUCUCAGAAGACCUACGAUUAAGAAUUGUUGACUUGCAUAAAGCUGGAAAGGGUUAUAAAAGUAUCUCCAAAAGCCUUGCUGUUCAUCAGUCCAUGGUAAGACAAAUUGUCUUUAAAUGGAGAAAGUUCAGCACUGCUGCUACUCUCCCUAGGAAUGGCCGUCCUGUAAAGAUGACUGCAAGAGCACAGCGCAGACUGCUCAUUGACGUGAAGAAGAAUCCUAGAGUGUCAGCUAAAGACUUACAAAAGUCACUGGCAAAUGCUAACAUCCCUGUUAGCGAAUCUACAAUACGUAAAACUAAACAAGAAUGGAUUUCAUGGGAAGAUACCACAGAGGAAGCCACUGCUGUCCAAACAAAACAUUGCUGCAUGUUUAAAGUUUGCACAAGAGCACCUGGAUGUUCCACAGCAGUACUGGCAAAAUAGUCUGUGGACAGAUGAAACCAAAGUUGAGUUGUUUGGAAGAAACACACAACACUAUGUGUGAUGAAAAAAGGCCAUCUGUCUACCAGCUGAAGCUCAACAGAAGAUGGGUGUUGCAACAGGACAAUGACCCAAAGCAUAGAAGUAAAUCAACAACAGAAUGGCUUAAACAGAAGAAAAUACGCCUUCUGAAGUGGCCCAGUCAGAGUCCUGACCUCAACCCGAUUGAGAUGCUGUGGCAUGACCUCAAGAAAGCAAUUCACACCAGACAUCCCAAGAAUAUUGCUGAACUGAAACAGUUCUGUAAAGAGGAAUGGUCAAGAAUUACUCCUGACCGUUGUGCACGUCUGAUCUGCAACUACAGGAAACGUUUGGUUGAAGUUAUUGCUGCCAAAGGAGGUUCAACCAGUUAUUAAAUCCAAGGGUUCACAUACUUUUUCCACCUGCACUGUGAAUGUUUACAUGGUGUGUUCAAUAAAAACAUGGCAACAUUUCAUUCUUUGUGUGUUAUUAGUUUAAGCAGACUGUGAUUGUCUAUUGUUGUGACUUAGAUGAUGAUCAGAUCACAUUUUAUGACCAAUUUGUGCAGAAAUCCAUAUCAUUCCAAAGGGUUCACAUACUUUUUCUUGCAACUGUAUACAUUAUCCUGAAUAAAAAGCAUUUUGUACAAAAAAAUAAUAUCAAAAUACAUCCUGUUUUAACCUGCACAGAUCAAUUUAAUGUUCUCAGAACUGUUAAUGGUGGUAUGUUUAAUUAUUUAAUUUUUGUGUAUUUUAAUUAGGGAAGAUCUGUCUUCUGGAAACUUGGUUGACAACAUGGAACAUGGUGAAAAUAAUAUUAGCCAUUUUGGAGAUACAAGCCAGAAGGGGUUGAUGUUUAGAAUUGCAUCAAACCGUAAGUUUCUGUUGUCUGAACUGGCAUGUUUGUGCCUUAAAGGACAGUGAAAUAAUUUAAAAUAGUCUUCUUGGUCUUUAUAGUAAAACAUAUCUUAAUUCUAUUUAUGCCACAUUGUGUACAAGUCCGUUCUUUAUUACCCAUUUUACUCUUCUAUUCAUUUAUUUCAGAGUAUGGGGUACAACGGAUGAGAAGCAAUAAAAGAGAGAGGGCUAUACACUAAACUUUGAAUUUUAGCAAAUUAAGACCUCAAUUUAAUAUUUUGGAUAAACAUUUCAAAUUAUGUGAUAUUCUGAAAAAUAUUUUAAAAAUUUGAUAUACUGAUGUCUUUUUAUAUUUUACUAUUUUGAAAAAAUAAUUUUACAAGUUUAUCCAAAAAUGUUAUUAAUCUGAAAAGCUUGUCCAAAAAUAUAAUUUGAAAUCAUCCAAAAAUAUUAAAUAGCGAAAGAAGGGGAAGGCUUGCACUUGCUGCAGAUAAUAGAUACUAGGGACCUCUUUACAUCCUUAAACUAUAAAUGCUCCUUCUACGUGAUUAUAUAUCAGGCAAACAGAAGGCAUUAUUUGCAGGCUAUUUUAUAAAUCUAUGUACAUAUAAUGACAUUUAGAUUUGCCCAUUGAUAAUGGUCCAGUACUCCUUUUUAUUGAAAUGUUAAAAUGAAUCUAAAGUAUAAAGAAUGAAAAAAAAUUUUUUUAGAAACAAAUGAAUGUAUCAACUGUCUUUUAGGGUACAGAACAGUGGAUGCUUUGUUGCAGCGUAUGUUUGAGUCCGAGAUGCCAUUGGAAGACGACGUUCCAGAAAUAGAUGAGAUAUUAAACCUAUCGCCAAAUGAUAUCUACAUACACAACCCAAACUUUAAUACAGCAGGCUAGGUUUGGAUGACAGGGCUAUCUGGAAGCCAGAGGAACACAAAUUACUGGAAUUAUAAGACUGGAAUAUACACUCUUCAUUUAUUAGUAAUAAUGCAUAUUUUUGUAAUAGAAAUAUUUAUUUUUACGAUCAGGGUCUCCUUUACUAUAAACAAAUUGUGCUAAAAUCAACUGAAGUUUAGACCAAGUGUAAAGACGCAUGGAAGGUGGCAUUUCUCUUGACAUAUGACAAGCAUUAUAACCCUUACCUCCAACCUCGGUGAUUGGCAGAAAACAACUGAUGUCAUCCAUUUGCUAUGCAAAAAUGCAUUAUGGCACCUACAGGGAAUGUAGGACCUCAACCUGAAUCAAUCAAGUUUUUAUCAACACAUUGUACUUCUUCAAUAUAAAAAAAUACACCUUAUUUCCACCAAAACAAGGUGCCUGCAUUUAUAGAAUUUCAUUUCUCCCUAUUGUCUACAAUGACUAUUGGAAUCAGUAUGAGACAAAAGGCAGGCGCACACACAAACCUUCUCGUGUAUGAUUGCCUCACGUGUGCUGCUAAUGAAUAAGAACACCUUACGUAUGUGAUGUUGCAAUGCAUCGAUGGCUAUGAUCAAGUGCUUUGUGGAAAAUACUUAUACCGUCUUUUAACACUAGAAAAUGUGCCUGUGUCUGUUAAAUCUUUUCACCUCUUUAAUUUCUAAAUUGUACAACGUUGCACUAUUGGAUGUAGGAAGUCAAGAGACACAUAGUGAAGAAUACGUCUCAUAUAAAGUUAGGGACUCGAACGCCUCUCCUCUUCAGGGAUAUUCGCAGAGGUGAUUUCACAUAAGCUCUUUUUUACCUUGUGUUUUUUUUUGUAUAGCCAGGGUAUCCAACUCACAAACUUUCUUUUGAUUUAUUAAACUGCAUAACAUUUUCACUUUUAAUUUUUAAUUACAUUUAAAAGAAACUUAAUGAUUUUUUUAAAUGAUCUAUAUUGGGGUUUUUUAAAGAAAAUUUUACUUUUCUAUCAGGCUGAGCAGCCAUGUUGGGUCAGAUUCUAGUGUUCGGUUGAGCAGCAGUUGAGCAGAUAACAGUAGAAUCUAACCCAACAUGGCUGCUCAGUGAAGGAAAAAAAAGGAAAAUGUUCUCAUUAAGCAGAGACCAAACUAAUAUCCACACCCUAAAAUAAGGCAAUUAAUUUACAAAUCUGAAGACAAUUUGGUGCUUUAUGUUAUAUAUCAUGCCAUAAAAGUUGCAACAUUCUCACAGUGCAAAAAUGUAAAAUAUUAAGAAUUAGUUUAAAUAUUGAAACAAUCCAUUCCUUUUCAAAUUAUUUUUAUUGAACAAAUUUUGUAAAAAAAAAAACAACAUAUUUCAAAACAAUAUAUUUUGGAUUUUUGUAGUUACAUGUAUUGUAUUAGUAAUGGGUUAUUAAACAUACUCAAUAACCUGAGGCAACUGAAAUCAUGUUCUAAUAUUGUUAGAUUGACUCGUUAUAAAUUGUGAAAUGUAUAAAAUGAAUCCUUAAAUAAUAAAAUGUCGGUAUGCUUUGUACAUUGGAUUAUUCAUAUAUAAAGAAAUACAAAA